GGUUCCUGGUAUGUUCCAGUUCUCAUUGCUGGUUAGGGUUUCCUUAGACUUUUUAGGUUUCAUUUGGCCAACAGCACCUCUGAGAACACACUGUACGGGACAAUAACAAGCAGAGGAUUGGUAGAGGAAGGAAGACAAAGAAGAUUUAUUCAUUAUUUUAACCUUUUUUUGCAACCCAGCAUCAUAAAUUUAAGUAUUAAGAAAAUCCACGCCAUGAUGGAUUUGACUUUUAAGAUAACAGUUAUCCCUCUCUAAUUUAGGCUCACAACCCUGUAUAAUAGAUCAUCAAAUAAAUGCCCUUGACUUAUUUUUCAAUAUUUUGUGUGACUAAUAGUGACAUAUGUGUUUCACCCUGAUUUUCUCAUUUGCCAAUUAUAGCACAUUAAAAUUCAGAGGGUUCACAGAUAUAAAAUAAUCCCCGCACUGCUGAUUCUGUGAGCCAGUACAGCGUGUCUUCAGCUCAGUCCGCCUACUUCAGCUGGCUACUCAAAGCUGGCUUCUUUAAUCUCAUUAACCACUAUCUUUGGGAGAACAUCUAAAUGACUUCAAGGCAGAAGACGUGGUUUAGUACAAAUUUAAUUGUUUUUACCCCCUGACCCAGUGUAUUGUCCCCGUUAUCUCAGAGAUUAAAACAGCUCAGCAGUAAAGCUAAAUCCUCCCUCCUCAACCACCACCUCCUUAUGCAGUCUGAGAGUCUGACCUUUGGUAUGAGUUUUACUUUAUAAAUUCAAAUGUCUUCUAUAUUUGGAUCUUGUACGCUGUUAGUAACCACCCUUGUGGGAUGACUCAAGGCAGUGUUGGAUAUUUUUUCUUGUGGGGAGUCCAAUUAACACAGAGGAAUAAUCCCGUUUUAAUGCAAACUUAACGCUUCGUUUCUAAAAGGAAAUAUUUAAAAGUGGAAAAAAAUCUUCACCAUUGUGUCAGUGUGUUUCCUAAUCCCUCUUCUGGAAGACUUACAAGGCAGAUUUUUUAAAUGUGCUUGGGGUGCAACCUGAGCAAAUCUCCUGCUAAUCUCAGUCCGUCUAUAGUUUGUUUCGACACCUCUUUAGUGGGAUGUCGCAAACUUUUGUUCAACUGUUGUGGUCUCCAGAGAACCAGCAGCGAGUGAAUAUUUUUGGCUUUGCGUGACUUCUCUUGACAACUGUUGGAUCAAUGGCAUGACAUACUCUUCAGUGAUCCGUGUUUCACAUAAUCUUUGCAGCAGUUAGGAGGUGGAAAAGAGGAAAAAGUCAAUUUGACGUUCACUGUGAGGUACAACUGUGCAUUAAUAGUUGCUUUUCCGUCUGAUAUUUUUGCUUAAGCCCAAAAUUAAUACAGUGAAACGUAGUUUAGGGUUAUCAUGAUCAUCUUUGUUUGAUUUCAUCGACAGGUCCGUGGUGAUUUGCACUCUUCAAAAGCAGUCCUCUGAUGGUUUUUUGUGGUCUGGUUGACUCCAUUUAAUAAGCUGCCUGUAUGCGGCGCUCAAAGUGAAGUAUACUGUUUUUAUUUUAGAACCGUGUGUGACAAAGUGCCAAUUACACCUGACAACUGAGCUACCUGGAAGUUUGUUGAAGCGAAAUGUGCCCGACUAAAGCACAGUGGUGUCAUUGUUUUCCAUCAUGACGACAGCGGGAAGCAAGAAAACAAUCCAGCAGCUAAACUGUGGUGUGCCAAAGGGACAGCUUUGCAUUUUUAUUGUAAAUAUGAAGAAAGCAUAUCACCUGUCUUUAAUAUUUUAAUACCUAAACCUUUAUAGUCCAGACCUUGAUCUCACAGUGGUUAAAUGGUUCGUUCUAACAGACUGCCUCAAAACAGCCUCGCAAAACCGCUAGCAUGGCACAGACUUAUUAUUCUUUUAUUGAGCAUUUACAAAGACACAAUCAGCUUCUAUAGCACUCCUCUGUUCGUCUCAGAAUAGUUUCUUGUGUGCAUCAUAAAGACAUCAGCUGCCAAACCACCUAGAAACAGCCCGACCCAGGAUGCUGUGGUGCUCUGUUCGUGUGAGAGUGUGUGUGUGUGUGUGUAUGUCUCUUUGAAUGAGACAAGCGUCUGUCGUUCGAGAGGCACUUCAGUGUCUAAAACAUAUUUGUCAGCGAUGCUACAAAGAGCAUGAAGUAAAGUACACACUCCUGUAGCUGCUAAAGCUCCACAUCGUGACCCCUGAGAGGCUGUUGAUCACGUUUCGUAACAAUCUCAUCUUCUCAGCCCUGGAAGAUUGAACCGCUCAAGGAGUUGCUCUGUCAUUCACUAACAACCACUUGAACCUCGCUACCAAGGAGACCCAGGUACUCCCCAAAUCCCAAUUAAUGAGAGAAAGGCUUCAAGAGGGUGCUCUUGACUCUGGCUGUGACAGCUUAAUUGUAAUUUUGGUGCAGCCCCCUGGCAACAAUCUUCUCUACUUGACAGCUCUGUGCUCUGAUUGAACUGAAAGCCUUUUUUUGCAUAUUCAUUUAGUUAAAAGUGACUACAGUGCAGUGGUGGAGCAUAUGUCCGCUGAGAGGAUGUGCAGGCUGUGUAGUUGUGUGUUUCCUGGCACAAAGCCAUUAUGUGUCUUCUCGACAUGCUUGAUUUGAAUGAAUAUGCUGAUGGAAAACAGUCAUACAUUAACAUGAAUGUGAUGAUGAAUUUCAUUCAUAUCUGAUUGGUCUUUAGGAACAUAUCUUUAUCAGUCCCUUGACUCUUUGUAUCCCAAUAACAUGCCAGUUUGCAUAAAUUUAACAGAUAAGAGGAUUUGUUAUUAAUGGUAAAGUAAGACACAAUUCAAAUUCCUAACACUGGGUCAAACAUGUCUGUGCCUUUCAGACAUUUUCAAUCUGUCUCCAUGGAUGUGAGAGCUCUGAAAAAUGGCUUAUAACUACCAGCUAAUACUGAGGUCGACAUGCUUGCUGAUCGUCAAACCAAAUCUCAAACAGCUGUUGGUCUUCAUAAUAUCAGUUUGUUUUUUGUUGUGUUGUUAUCAAAAGAUGCAGACCUACAGUAGGUCUCCAGACACCUGAAACCAACAAUGUAACCUUAGUCAUCUUUUAAGAUCGUCUUUUUUUCACUCAGCGUUUCAUAUUUCUUCUCAGUCUGACAGUUGUUUCAUGUUCUUGCUGCAUUGAUAACCAUUUUAUGCAAAACAAAAGCAUCCUCAUUUGUGGGGUAACUUGCCCCGUGUUUGUGCGACUACUCCAGUCACUGUGUGUCUCCAUCUUUUAGUCCACUGUUGCUGUAGUGGUGAGCGAUGGCUGGCCUCAGUCAUAAGCAGUACAAUCACUUAACGAUUUAAUGUAACCUGUCAUUUGUGUGUUGUUAGCUUGGUAUUUACACGUUUUCAUGUAAAGUAACUUAUUGAAAGAUUUAAAGGUUGUUCUCUAAAGACACAAAAACACUUCACCAGCCUCUGGUCAUGUAUACAUGGGACAGGUCAGCGAUAUGAAUGCAUGCUUUGUAAGUCUGUAACAAUCUUGAUUUAUCCCUUUUGGAUAUAUGCUGAAACUUGAUGUUUUGAACUGCUAAAUCUCUGGACCUCAUCUCUGUGCCGGUGGUGGUUUCCCCAACGGACUCUCUAUUCCCUGCAGAUGGGACUCGUCCUUCAGUGGAACUCAGUCAAACAGAAACUGUUUCUAUGUUGAAGUGAUUUCAUUAUUCUGAAUAACUUGGACAAUUCUAAUGUGAUUUUCACAUUCUCCAAGCUGGACAAACACUUCUAUCUUGACAUUCAUUUUGUAUGUUUAAAGAAGAAAGAAGCGAUUGGCUCUUUACAGUCCUAUAAAGACGAUGCAACAUGUCGUGGUAAAGGUAUCUGUAAAAUUAUUUUGUACUGUUCCUACAGGGUUGUUGAACUACCUCCAUUGUUGUGGUAAAUCUGGUUAUUACACAUGAAAGAGUGUUCCUGCGUUAGCAUUGCUGUUGUUGCUCUUAGGAGAGAAAAGUGUAGACCUUUGUGCAUCACCCUUGACUUCAGAUCAACCCAGACAGACCAUUACCAUCAAAGAGAUGGUACAGGGGCAAAAAGGCAGCAAGGUGCAUUAACAUUAGUCUCUUUAAUGUUUGUGGGCGCGUGUUCCUCCUUUUCUGAAGUGCACUAUAUCUCGUAUGAUUUCUUCCCUUAUUAACAUAAUAUUAGCUUUGAAAAGACUGGAGCUAAAUGCAUUUUCUGCAUCAAUAAUGUAAGUAAGAGAUGUGUCCGCACGUUCCUUUUCCAUGCAUCGUGCAGCUCUUCCUCUCUGAAGUAGAUGUCCCUAAAAGCCUUUCCUGGGAGAGUGCAGUGAGGUGGACGGCAAAGCAGAACAAAAGGUUAUUUUGUUGAAAGAGGCAGAGUGGCGACAAAUUAUGAACAACUCAUUACACUGAGGUGGCACUUUGUAGAGCAGUGAAACACAAUCAAACAUGGAGGAUGGAUCUCUGGGGGAGUGUUGGAUGGUGCUAAUAGCUCUCUGUCAAUGACAAAAUGAAUUACAUUAAAUUUCCCCUAAGACCAAAACCUCAUUAAUAUUUUAGUGCAUUCCAUGUUUCAGGAUUAUAUUUUACAGUGUUUCUGCUCUGAUAGAUACAGCACUUCUUGACUUUAGAGGAACUUUAUAGCAUUAAAGAAAGUAAUGGAAAUAAUGGAGAGUGAGGGGUUUCCAAACCAACAAUAUCUAAAAAGUAGGCGGGGCCUCUUGGACUCAACUCACUGGUUUUUGGACUGGUUUGGUGGCCUGUUAUUGAUUAUUUUGGCCACAACCAUCUCUGUUGCUUGAAGCCACAAGUGACUUUAUUUGAAUUACAUCACCAUACUGUACCUCCUCGUGUGGGAGGGACUAGUGAAGACCUGAAACAGGUCAAUAAAAUCACAAUCCUAGAACCCAUGUGCUGACUACAAUACAAGCUCUAGGAGUGGUGGACAACCUUUCAAGGCAUCCAAUGUGGACUGCAGUAGAAGAUAAAGAACUUCCAGCAAAUACUUUAUUUUCUGUGCAUUAUCUUUGUCUGUGGAAGGGUGUCAAUUUGAUACCAAGGAGCUUGACUGGUCUGAUAUGAAUAAGAAUAGCUAAUCAGUAUAAAUAAUACACAGUUUUCUAUGGCUCUUGAAACCAGUGCAGCUCACAGUGCUGUGGUGUUGUAGGAGGUAAUGAUAAGAUCAUCAUCAACACCAUCAAGCCUGUUAAUGCUGUCCUCUGUAUAAGCCUAGAGCUUCAUUACUUUAUUGUGAGUUUCUUGUUGCAGUGUUGUUGGAGAAGCAGAGUGACCUCCUCUACUCUCCUUGGAUAGAGUUAUCAGCUGUUUAGAGUUGUGGCGUUAAAGAGCCUCUGUGUGGGCCAGCACAUGUUUCCCUGGUGGCAUCAUCAAAUCCCGACGGCUGGACUCCCCACUUUGCUUAAUAUGCCCUGUCAACAACUGCUUUGACUUCAGCUUUGCUACUGGUAUUCUAAUCAGUCACUAUUAUGGGCUAAACAGCUACUCCGGCCCUAGGGCCAGCUGCUGGGCAUGUUUGGAUGUGUUUGGAUUCAAGCCUGCAUUGCAAGGACCUGCCAGCAUGGGGGCAGCACAGCAUGAUGGACAUUUAAUGGCCUGAUACGCACAUCUUGUAGACGCACACAGACAUAAAAAAUGGAGAUGACUAAUGGUUAAAACACAAACACACUUACUGAGAGGACCCAGAUCGGCAUGAAUUAAAAAAAUGUUUACAUUUGAUGUUGGCAUUUAAAACUGCAGAUGACACAUUUAAGUGGCUGCUUGACAGAGGAACCUUCAACACUCACUUUACGCCUGCAGGCACCUGCAAACCUACUUAUAAUUUAACACUGCUUUUAAGUUAUGGUCAGAAGAAUAAUGCAACUUCUUACCCGACAGAAAGCAGUUUUGUAGAAACAGCCAGCAGCAAAUAAAACUAAUUUUAUCCCUAACAAAGUUAAAGCAAAUACCAGCAUCUAGACAAGUACACCGACUAUCCUGCAGUGAUGAUUACCUUCAACUAAUAUCCAGCUCCAACUGAGAGAACGAGGAGAGAAUGAGAAGCACAUCCUGCAAAGGACCAUGGACUCAAACCGAACCCUGCCUGCCCACUUCAAGAGCCUCUGCACAUACAGCACUGACUCGACCACCAAGACAGACCAACACCAGCCUCAGUUUGGACACAUUUAAGUAAACAUUAAAGUUGCCACCAUGUGAGCGUUGGAGCUGGUUCUUCUGUCUAGGCGAGGUGAAAGACAGAAAGUGAUGGUUGCAGGCAGCGUUCCAACCUCGGUGAUAAGUGGAGCACUGCAGAGCUCUGAAUGUGGAGAAACCUGAUAGCAGGACGGCAGCACUCAGCAUGUUUGAGGUGAGGGACAGAGAGAGCGAGGGAGGGUAUAACGCCAACAACAGCGCUGUUUUUUUUAAGUGGACAGCUUAAAGUUAUUAACAUGAUUAACAUGUUUGUCUGUGUUAGCGUGUGAGGUGAAUUAAUGACUGAGCCAGAUCUGAGGAGAAAUCCAAGUAGGCUAAGUCAGUGAAGGUGAAAUUUGCUUACACCGUCUAUACUUCCUUAGCUCUACUGCUACUACCUUAUAAAAUGAUCAUAUCGCAUAUAUUGCGAUUGGCUGUUGGACCGAUUUUGCUUUCUAGAUCAAAAUAUUUCCACACUGCUGACAUUUUAACAAUGAGGUUGCUAAUGCCAAGUCACAUGCAUGUCAAAUUGUGCUCUCAUAUCAGACUGGACUAUUGGCCUCAGCAGGACAAUCUCAUUUCUGUCCCUGGUCCUCUUCUAUUCAGCCCAGUGUUUACUUUGCCAUAUCAAGACGGUGUGUUGUGUUUAUGACUCGGUGAAUCAGUGAGGUGAUUGCCAGUUAAAGAACAACAUGUCUAACUAUGAGUUGAUACUAUUUUGUGUCAACUUGAAUCCUUUAUUGUGUGAAAACUUGCUUCACUAUGCAAAGCAGCUCUGUAACACCAACACUUUGUUAGCCGGAGCAAUUCAGACUUUCAGUAGACGUAGAACAGCAACACGCUCACAUAUAAUCUCUAGCAGGAGUUCAAUGUUGGUCUGAAAAAUGGAGUGAUGUAUAAACUGCCAUUUAAGGAACAAUGAAAUUCAAGGGUAUAAAAAAUGUAAUCAACAACACUGUUUCUUUAGUGCGAUUGCAUCAGCAGUACUGAACUUCCUACUGCGGCUCCUCUGAAGGCAAUAUGAUCAGUUCAGAAUUUAUUGCAGAGGGUGGAGCGGGGUAAUUAGAGCUAUUGAUCUGGCUAAAUGAUAGCCUUUGCCUAGUGCUGAAGGGCAUGUGCUGAGCAAGCCCGGGUAUUAUCUGAUGACCCAUGAAAUCGAUGGCCUGGCUGCAAUCUCCCCGCUGAUUUACCUCAUUCCAUUUAUCUCUCAGGGCUGAGUGGGUCCACAUGCACAUAAGCUGCACAGAAGGCCAUGUACCAUAUUGCAUACCCUCCAUAAGCAUAUAUAAAUGCUACACAGCUCCUUCUGAAGUGAAUAUGUGUGCGAACACCUCACCUUGUCUACAGUCCCGAGGCUCUGCAUGUAGGGGCUUGUUCCCUUGGAAACCACAUUUUGCUCUGGUCCAUAAUGAACUCAGUUUGCUGGUAGCCUGCCGAGUGACUGAUGAAAAAGAUCAUUACAUGGGGAAGACGUUUGAAAUGUCACCAAGAUGUCAGACUGCUCUCACAUACUUGUACAUCCUUUUCUUGAUUUCUCAAAGACUUUUUUAAAAUUAGAAUCAAAGAGCACACAAUUGAGUGCCAGCGCCUGCAGAUUAUGAACAAUUUAUUGAUCUGUGUAACCGCUUUACGUUGGUAGUCCAUGGUAACCGUCAUUUGUCUACAUUACAACACUAAACCUGAAUAUCUUCAUGCGAGAACUUAACUAAAGAGACCUUACAGGAGUUCAUCUGCGCUAUAAAAUAAAAAUUCUCUAUCACUCUAAACCCAAUUCUGCCUCCUGGCUUCCUGCCUUGCUUUCACAAAGAGGAAAUAUGGUCAAUUUAUGAAUCGGGCAAGUUGCAAAUCUCUGUUUCAUGGUCGUAAGAGCAUUCUUGAAUCUCAACUCUGUGAAAUUACAUUUGCUUUAUAAAGUUUGAUAGUCUUUAAACGAGAGAAAAAUAUGUUUUCCUUAAUGCUUUUAUUCCCUCUAACAAGGACUGGACUCAGGAUGAGAACCAGGUCUCUGUAGUCCCAGUCCUGCCCUUUGUGGUAAGUGUGAAAAAACAGUCAUGUAUAAGAAACUGUUCCCUGUUGAUAUCAUCCAGAUAGAGAUAAUGUUCAUCUGUUCAGCAUGAAUAAGACAUCGGUUUUAUCAAAAGUCCCAUACUUUACACUUUGCCUGUGUUUCAUUUGAAGUUAAGAUAUCCCUAGUCUGUGGUUUAAAGUACCCAGAGCCGUCUCACCAUCUUGAUUAGAGUUGUCCUCUUUGCAGCUCGAAAAGAACAGAGAGUCCUGAUUUUAUCAGAGGUUUCUUUAAAAAAAAAAAAAACCUGCUUUGUUUUAUGUCUGAUUGAGCCACAGUCUGCAGUGAAAAAAGGCUUCACAAAUGUUUAGGUUUGGCAGAAAAUAUCUUUGUGUUCUAUAAAAAGAAUAUAUUGGACUGUCAUACAGGUUCAAACCACCUUGAAAAGUAAUACGGUCAGUGUGUGCUGUGCAGGGGGCUUGGCUGAGUGAAGGGUCUAUAUGGUUGAGACAUCACCACCUUCCAGAAGUACUGACAGUUUAUUUAAAGACAUCAUUUUUCAAAAGUACAAAAAAGCAUUCAUAUUUAAAUAUUUAUGAAGAGUAGAGUACAGGUGAUAAGUGAACCUAAUUCCAGAGAGACAGGGUUUGUUGGAGAAGGCUCUGUCCUGUUUUUCACGGUGGCAGUAGCAGUAGUACAAGGGGUACUUGUCACCUCCCUGUGUGUGUUAUCAUUCACUUGGUAAAGGCAGAGAGGGCCUCACAGUCAUCACUGGGUUCCCUCUCAGCUGAAGGACAGGAUCAGGUCUCUCUGUUGACCUGCCUCUUACAGCAGCCACUUGGACGGUAAUCACAAAAAAUAACACCAACCCACUAAAGAGCCUUACAGCGGGCCGGCCUGUAGACCUGGUCACAACGAGUGCCGACUAAAUGAGCUUAUUAAUCACAGACAGCGCCAGAGGCAGAGCUAUUCUGAAUUCAUUACUGCUAAGCAGAGCGCCAUGGAAAAAAAGACUCAAUCAUGUUUUUGAUAUCAACAACUGUGAACUCUUUUCAAAUUAACGCGGCAAGUACAACAAACACUCAGAUUGCUAUGUGCUUAAACCUGCAUACCAGGGCAACAGGUCCAAACAGCACUUCAGAUAACCCGCAUUAACACGAAGCUGUUUUUUACAAAAUAAAAAACAAAUUAUCCAAAUACAAAUGAUAUAAUUUAAAAACAAACAAAGCACAGUUUAUGCCAUUAUCAUAUUUGUUUACCACUUGAGUAGUCCCUCUUUUUAAUAGUAACCGUUGUGGGUUGCAGAGCUGUAUAAAUUAUGUCCAAGAAUAACCCUGAACAUCAUGCGCAUAAAUGUACAUGAAUAAGGCAGUCUGUUCGCUCUGAGAUGAAGUAUCUGAGCUUCUUAACAGACAGAAACAAAAGGAAAAUUUGUUGAGGCACUUUGAGGGGCCCUCCUGUCUCUCCUCACUUCUCUGCUCUUGUUUAUCUUUCGUACCUUAACAAUCUGUCCUGAUAGACAGCUGUGUUUUUAAAGAGCUUACUCCUCACAGGUUUUCUUUGCAGAGGAAGGGGCGCUCUUUCAAAUGGUUGGGGGGAUUACAGCAGAUCACCAGGAAGGAUUUUCAAAACAAGAAAUUCCACAACAUCCUCUCUGUGUUUGAAAUACAGCUCUGCAUGACUCACUUCCUCUGUUAAUGAAUCAAAUACAACUUAGAGAAUAUUUUUGCACAGGUCUACAUCUACCUGCCAGGCAGCCCAAGCUACCUUAGAUACUCAGUGGAUAAUAGUAUCAGAGAAAAACUUCCUGUGUUAAACCUCGUUAUUUGCUCGUCCAUGCACACAUGCAUAUGUUAGAAACACCAGCCACCAAUAAAAACACAUAUAUGGACUUUAGCCUUCACUGUUUUUGUCCAGACCCUUCUCAUGUCUGUGUUUGUCUCUUUUGAUAAGGCCCUUUCAUUUUGUUUGCAUUGAUUACAGUCUGACGAGUCACAGUGUUACACUCGGGGGCCCCUUUUCAUGUCUGCAGCCCCCGCGACACACACUGGGUCCAUUGUGGUGAGGAAUGUCUCCUUUCAUGGCCUGAACUCGCCUGUGAAAGCAUGUCAAUAAUCCCUCGUCAGUGGGUGCUUCACAACACUGCCGCGACCAUCCCACCACCCAGACCACGAGGCUCCCAUGAUGCACUCCUCUGAGGAAAAAUGACAGGAAUUGUUAUAAGGAUGAAGUAAUUAAUACUGACUCUGACAACCUAACAACUUCACAAAAGAUGGGACUUUUUUUUACACAAGAAACAAAUCACUCAUGAAACCUGACAGUUCUCCAGUUCCUGUCUUGGACGGGAUGACCUGUAGAAGGGAAUUUCCCCUUGUGGGACAAAUGAAGGAGUAUCUUAUCUUAAUACAUUCCCUCUCCAUAUAAAACUUUAUCACACAUCACACUAAACAUCUCAUGAGCAGCUUUAUUGCUUUGUGAAGCUCCUCCUUGUUUUCACAGUGGAGGUUUCUCCUCUCAGGAAGUAUCAGGAUCCUCAUAUACAGCAGAAGCAGGAACCAGAACCAGCGCUGGUUUGCAAAGAAGCUGUGGUUUGGGGAUUUGUUUGAGCAGAGAAUGUGAUACCAUGCACAGAAGAAAUGAGAUUUGAGUCUUCAGUGGCCACUAAAGCUAUUAAAAAUAUACAUCAGUUAUGUUUAUAUUGGGACUGGUUUGAGUUGGGAAGGAGGGAAAAGGAGUUGGAGGACUCCAUCGACCGGGCUCUUGCAGGGAUGGUAAUGAAAAGAGCCAAUCAUUGCUCAGUAAAGAAUUAAAACCACCUCUGCAAAUAGCCCCAAUAUUUGUGUAGCGCCUCAGAGUGGGAGUUUCACAGCGUCUGGGUUUCCAGUGCAAAUAAACAGUGCAGAGGUCUACAAGGGUGGACCCCCCCUCCUUAUCCCAGAGGUGAAGCCCACUCCUUUGUUGCUGCCUAAUCUAGGCCACUGUCUAUUGAGUGAGCAGAAAAGUGGAUGUGUGUGUGUGAGAGUCGAGAGAGAGAGAGAGAGGCAUGUCCACGGUCUUCAGUGAGUGAGAUUAAGCUGUAUGAUAAUGUCUGUUUGUAUGUGGUUCUUGAAUCAGAGUCUCAGGGUCUGAGGAGACCGCUGCUGUGUUUGCUGGUUCCCAGAUAACCCACAUCCUCACACUGCUGGACCCACACACAUACCAAUCCCAGGAUCCUCAGUGAGAGCAAACCGACAAAUAUCAACACAAUAACCAACAACUCUGCAUAAAACACAAACCUGAUGAAUAGAAGAUCAGGUUUAGUUCACAUACUGCAGAUUACCAAACAGUUUGAAAGAGUUGUAGCUAUGUCUUGGUAUUUGACAAACUUCACAUUUUUAAUAACAAUAUUAAUAAAAGAUGUUGGAACUAUUGAGACGAAGUUCUUAACCUUUACAUGGAAGGUGUCUCGAUUAUCCUUGGUGACAGUAAGAAUGCCAAAGUGGAUCUAGCACUUGAAAAAGAAGAAUAGUUAUAAUCAUCACAGAAAAAAAAAAAGUUUGUCUGUUUGAAUAAGUAUGAAAGUGUUUAAUUUCAGACUUGUCGCAUGAUUUGUAACAGUGAUACCUGAUCACAUGUAUCCAUUCUUGUCGCUGAGCUUUCCUCUUGAAACAUACAACCAUCACACUUUCAUUUUGCAAGUAUGUGUAGCCAGGGUCAAAGGUCAAAGCAUGAAAGACAGAGAGGAAAUUAUCCCUGUGGAUUUUUAUCUUUUGCGGAAAAUUAUGAAAAGAGACUCUUAAUAAUGGACUUUUUGGUACCUUUUAAUUUAGAAUUUAUUAAAAAUAUUAAAAUAUUGGAACUACAUAUUGCAGCCUGGAUCAUUUAAUGAGGUUUUAUGCAACCUUUUUUAGUAAUAUUCACUGCUUUUGGGCAAAGCCAUGACCCUAGACUGUAUAAAGCAUAACAUCACUCAAUGGUUUCUGGAGACUCAUGUUGAAGCACAACAUUGACAGGUGCUUUGAUGUAAAGUAUCUGCUGACUAAUUCUGCUAAAUUUCCAUCAACCUAGAAACAGACAUAAAGGUGGAGCAGAGGUGGCCUCCCGGUAAACUGAAACAAUCCACUUCAUUAUGCAUUUCUGUACAACUAUUAAACUUUUAUAUUAUAUUAACUGAUCACUACGCAUUUUUGUACAACUAUUAAGCUUUAUACUAUCUUAACUGAUCAUUAUACAUUUCUGUACAACUUUUAACCUUUAUAUUAUCUCAAGUGAGUCAAAGCUCUAUAAGUGCUGAUUCAGGUGCAUAGAAGAAGCAAAACCUGAGUACGGUUCUUUCAGGGCGCUCCUUAGAAGUCCGAGUUGCUCACGCUGUUUAUUGCCCAUUCUUACUCAAACUACUAUGAUUAAAACUUAAGCUUUAAAAAGUUUCAUUUAGGAAGUUUUGUGUGGAAUAAAAGCCUUUAAAAUCUCCUAGUGAGAGCGUAGCUCACUGACAUGCCCUCGGUGCAUGAGUUAUUAUCCCAUCUCAUGUCAGAGCAUCUGCAGGAGGGAUACAUUUGUUGCUAAGCAACAGCUAAAGCUCGCAGCAUGCUAGCUUCAGUAAUGUUUGAAAUUUGGGAGGACUAUACUUUUUGACUCUUUGGCCCUUUGUUUUGCCUACAAUAAUACAUUAUUAAGUUCUAGGUCUGAGAUUCAAAAAGUCCACGAGCGGUUCUGACUGCAUUGCAGAAACACUUAUAUAAGCCUUGGGCUGGAACAUAAAUAAAUACACAACUGCAUAAAUUCAGAAAUUUAACAGAUUGGGCACAGUGAAAUUUAAAAAGAAAAUAGCCAUUUUUAAAGUAAGGUCAAAGUGCCUGUUGUAUGUUUUUUUUUUUUUUUUGUCGUUUUAACCAGCAUACCACCAGCAGCGUUUAAUAACAUCCUGAUCACUCGAAACAGAGAUGAAUUAGGCCAUCAUGUUAACAGACCAAACCAUCAACUUCUUUAAGGGCCUACAGUCACCUUAUCCUAAUAAAUUAGACGUGAAGAAACUUCAGUGGAAACGGUGAUUAAUAAAUGAAUAUAAUUUUAGAAGAAGAAGAAAUUAGGACAAAAACAGAUGAGAGUAACGAGCCAGUGUUUGAGUGAGGUAAAAGCUUUGUUUUGCGGCAAAUGUUUUCAUGGAGGAGGGGUUGAAGGGGGGGGAUCAAACUGAUAUUUAGCCCCUACUGGCUUUUUUUUCUCCUGCUUUUGUUUUAUGCAGGGCUCUUUUUACCACAUGGUAGUGACAGAUUGUUUGAGCUGAAAGGAAAAGCCAUUCGAAGCUAAUUAAGCAGCCAUUCCAGGCUCUAUUCGCAGGCAGGAGGGAGAGUAGCACAGGCAUUUGUCAGCGCCGGACCCAACGUGGGUUUAAUUGACAACCACCGCUCCUGACUGACAGCUUUUCCAGCGCUGAGCCAAUCACAGGCCUCCUACAGAGACAGCGCUCACGCCAUUGGUCGAUACGCUGUGGAAAGGCGGGAGAGAGGACCCACGUGGGGACGAGCAUAGUGGGCAACGCUUGAUAGGCUGAUCUCUUCACGCGCAGACGUGUUGUAGCCCACCUAGUGCCGCUGAUAGGAAAGCUUGUAGAUGCUUGAGGUCUCGUUAGAAAUAGGUCGAUCAAUUCAAGUCACUCAAAGGACACUCUGCCGUAGAUUAAGCGGUAUUGUCAUCUUCUGAACACUUCGGGUCCUGAAUGAAUUUCUACGACCUCCUUUUUCUUCUUGGCAUAGUAACAGAGCUGAUUUCUUUCUCUUGGCAGCUUUACCUCAGCUUGAAUUUGGUGUAGAAAGUGUGAUCUUCGGAUUUUUAAUGAACACUUUUGGUAACAGCUGGCAUAGCUUCCCCUUUUUGUUACCAACUCUUAAAGCACAAAUAAAAAUGUAAAUCCACCUGCUUGGUGAAUGGUGAAAACAUGAUAUAUACCAUCUUUGUCUGCUGCGGUUGAUCUCCUGUUUACAACCGCAAAGUGUGCUUGAAUCCUCCGAUUUUUAAUGAUAAUACUCCCACUUAUAUCCUCAUUAUCUGAAACGCAGAAGCAGCAGCUGUAAUUCGCGGACUUAUAAAUUAUUGCCUUUGUUUUGAACAAGCUGUUGAACGCACUGAAUGUCACUUCAAAUCCAAAAUGGCGAACAUGUGAGGUCACACUUUUACGACCCAAUCAGAACGCCAGUAACUUUGCUACCCCCACGUGGGGUAUGGAUGAUUGUGAUUGGCCAACGGCGCUGAAGUCCUUGGAAGAAGCUGAUUGGUUACACGGGGCCCUCUCUCGGCAGUCGGGUCCUCGUGUCAGUGCACAGUCUGUGUGUGGUACAGCGCGCGGCGGAGGAACUGGGUAUACCCAACAGCGAGCUAGUGGUGUAUUUCACAACGGCCGACAUUUUCAAGACAUUUUAACCCGGUUAUUCGCUAUAAAAAUAAUCUUUGGACUUACUUGAAGAUUCGUGUACCACUUCGGGAUCUAGUAAAGGCUCUCUUUGAAGUUGUGGACGGCCAACAACUCGCCCCAAUUGAGGGGUUUCCAGCGUCCGACCGACCGACCGACCGGACGGAGAGACGCUCUCCGCCUCGGGAUCACCAGGGUUUUAAAGGACUCUCCAGAGGAAAAGAAGCGGUGGAGGAAAAUAGAAACGACGACGGCGAACAUUUUCCGCCCGUAUUAUUUUGUGGUGACGGAUACAAGUCACGGAUAUAACGCGCUGUGUCUGGAUCUAACUGUAUUUUUUUUUACCUGUGCAAAGGAGAGAGGAGGAAUCAGACCAGACAAAGGUAAAAAGGGCGACAUGAAGAGAGCCGCUAACAAGACGGGUGGUGGUGGUGGUGGUGGUGGUGGUGGUGUGGCUUUAUGGCAGCCGACUUUGAAAACAGCAGCCCCUUGUUUUCUGAUCUUCCCGGACCACCAAAAACAAGCAGCUCUGUGUGUUCUUGUUCCCUUUGUUGGCAGACAACUCAUUAGAUUUAGGAAGAAAAAACAGAAAACAACAAACCUUCAUGUCGGUGAGGGUGUGUGUGAUUGAAAGUAUCAACUUUGAGAUGUAUUUGAUACCACGGAUCAAACACAUUUUUCUGCGUUAUUAUGCAAAUGGAAGUGUUUGAUUUUGAUUUUUCACAAAGAAAUCCUAAAGUGCUGUAAAUUAAAUGUCACAAUGAAGAUGAACUACUUUAAUCUUAUUUUAUGAAGUAACAGAUACUAGACAAGUCCGAUUAAAUUCAUUAUACUUGUAAUAUCCCCACGGUUCCUAACCAAGAUGUCUCUGUAAUUUGCUGCAAAUCUGGUCGCAAUCCUCAGCUUUGGCCCUUUGUUGUAUUUGUUUAGGUUAAAAACGACCAAGUGAAAGAUCCAGUGGUUGGGGUCUGAUUGUGCUCCUCGCAGCCGAGAGCAGGGCUUUGUCCGCCGCCAUCCUGUGCGCACAGGGGAGGGGGUGGCGGUGAUCUACCGCACCUUCACUGGGAUUACGGAAAUAGAGAAAACAAACCGAAUUCCCUUGUGAAAAGGACGCGACAUGUAUCCACAAGGCCGGCAUCCGGUAAGUAGCUGUCUAUGUCACUAUUUGUAAAUUGAUGCAAAUACACCGCCCUUCAAAGAAGCCCAAUUAGCUCUUCAGAGUGAAGCUGCUCAUCCACACCUUACUAUUUAUGGUCUGUACUCCUGCAGCUGAGACGCUUCACUCUACAUGAAAGAAAGUGGUGGAUCGUGUUCAUUUGUGAAAGAUCAGAGCUUUUGUUGCAUGCAGAUCAUCACUUCCUUCUAUAAAAUCGCAUAUUUAUACAGUGUGGUUUGUUAGAGCUGCAUAUUUUAACAGCUUAAGUGUUAAAUGUGGAAGAUUCCUAAAACUUUGGAGUAUGCUUUUAGAAAAUCAUCUCUACAAUUGUGCUUUAAAGUAGCAUUACUCUGUGAAGGGAUAAAAUGACCUCUCUUGUCUUUACACAUGUUGGUGAGUGAAAGCAGCGCUUUGCUCUUGCAGUCAGGGCUCAGGGGAAAUGGACAGACAGUCGAGAGAAAAACUCACGUACAUGCAGUUUACCUCGAAAGAAGAGGAUGCAAGCCAUUAUUAACUAUUAUCCCUCCUGUGAUGCUUUUCUUACCUGGGGUUUCUUUAUCAUUGCACCUUCACAGGCACCUCACCAGCCGGGGCAGCCUGGCUUCAAGUUCACAGUGGCAGAGUCCUGUGACAGGAUCAAAGACGAGUUUCAGUUCCUGCAGGCGCAGUACCACAGGUAAUGAUCAGCCUUCUGUAAACAGCAUGAACUUCCUGGAAAGAAUAGGAAGGGGAAGUUGCUUUUGUUUUGCUCCCUUUUUAAUGCUUCACACACAAAAAAUCUACUUUGUUGUUCCUCUCAUAAGUGGACCAGUUCUGAUUCUAUUUUGCAUGGUUGUAGAAGGUGUUGAACUUGCAGUAUAUCAAGCUUAACUCAAGUUAAUUUUCUUCAUAUUCUCUUUGUACAGUCUUAAAGUGGAGUACGACAAACUGGCCAACGAAAAAACAGAGAUGCAGCGCCACUACGUCAUGGUAAGAGCAGUCAUUGUGAAGCUGUGAACCUGAUUUAAAGCUGUAUCCUCCCUUUAGCCUCAGGUGAACAGUCACAGGUGGUGUUUUGCAAAAGGCCAUGUUAGCAUUUCUCCCUGCGUGGUAUUGUUGAGUCACGCCUGUGUUUUCAUUGGGUAAGAAGGUGCAGAGUGGGGGUGUGUGGAGGAGGGGGUUGAAACUCAAGCAGGGGUCAAAUGUCCAACCAUUGAUUGUGGGGUGUGUGAUGACCCCCCCUCUACGGCUCUGGGGUCUUCUUUAUGACCCCCAUCACCCCUCCCUAACACACCCAACACGACCCACUGGGGGUUAAUGACUGGUCUGUCGGCUCUGUGCAUGAAUCAGAGGGUUUCCUGCAUGUUUUUUUUAUACCUCAACUCCCCCAGGGCGAACCACGGGGUCAUUCAGACACUUUGACACACCCAGGGGCUUCACAGUGGGUUUUCCUCCAACAAUAAAAAUAACUGACAGACUACCCAGGGCCAGGUGUUAUCAGUAAACUAAAGCUAGCAAGAUGUUUUUUUUACCCUCAAUUGAUUCUGGUUCUCCUUUCUUUUAUUUAACACUUAAGACAUAUGUCACCUUAUGCUUAUUGCAUUUGAUAACAUGUUUUCACCUGUUUUAAAUCACACAGGAUAAAAAAUUUGAGUAGCACUUGAUUCUUGAAUCCACUUUUGUAGGAUCAAAAGUGAUGUGAUUUUAAAUUAUCCAGUUAUAUAAUUGGUUUACUACCCUAAAGCCGGUUUAGGUCAUUUUUUCAGAGGUAAAUAUGAAACAUUUGCUUGUUCCUGCAACUUUAAUAAGAGAAUUUUCUGUUCUAUCCGUUUCUGUCAUGAAAAAAAAUCUGAAUACCUCUCGGUUUUAGUCAGAAAAAACAAGACUCUUUGUACCCUGGACAAUUCAGAAAGUCUUUUCUCUAUUUUAUGAAGUAAUUGGAUAGAAGAAAUAAGCAGCAGCUGGUGAAAGAAGAAUGUAAGGAGCAAAUAAAAUGACAAAUUCCCUUAAAAGCCUAUGUAAUAAACAUCUAUACAGCGAAACAACAUUCAGAACCUGUGGUAAAGUCAGUGCACAGGAUGUAUGUGACUUUUUUAUCCUUUCGAUCUUUUCUGGAGAUAAAUCAGAGAAGUGCUGUAGGUCAAUGAAGGGGCUACAUUUAAAACUGUCCCAGCACUGCAAUUAAAAUACAUUCCACUCAGUUCAGAGCUUUCUGAUGAUCAAACGGAGACAAAGAAGAAAAUCAUGUCUCUGCAAAGAAACCCCAACACAAAGGUUCCUUCUCACACAGGAAAAGCUGCAUUGUGUGCAUGAAAAAAGAACAGUCUUUAUCUAAGAUGUGAUGUAACUCAGACCCUGCUGUAAGUUUGUGAAUGUGCAUGCUUAUCUUGUUUGUACAUGAAAGGAAUGAGUUUAACCAAACGCAGCAGUACGUUUGUUAAAUAUUAUUUUCCCUGUGAGGGACCAGAAGGUGGUGGGAGUAGUUAUAAUAAAUGGAAGCUGUUAGCUGUGUGUUUGAUAAACAAGACAGACAAACUACUCGGCAUUAGCUUGUUUCUGUUGGUGGGCUCACAAGCUUUUUGGCAAUCAAAAGCAGAUAAUGUUGCUUUCAAUAAUAGUAUUGGCUCUCUGCUGGGUUUUUGAUGCCAUAAACUGUCUGUGGCACAGAAACUGGCAGUGUGUGGUAGAAGUAAUGAGUACAGUAGCCUGUUGACUGUCGACUGUGGUUUCACAGAGACCAUGAAGUUGUCAACUUUUCUGGAUCAUGUUGGUGUGUUCAACAGCUCCUCUCCGUGUGUGCUGCAGAAAGUAUUCAGCUUGUCUCUUUUGUAGUUUGGGUCCAGAUAUAAUGUCUGAUAAAGAUGUUGGAUCAGAAGAUUGCCGUGUUUGCGAGUCUUGUUGCUCUAACAAAUUCUCUUCUCAUCUGCGGAGAAAACUCUUGAAUUUCCUGUUAUUUUCUGCUCAAUUUAGAAAGCUCAUGCGGUAAAUGCUAACAGAUACAAAAAUGGGGUCAAUUCUGCUUCUAAUUUCUUACUUAAUUCUGAAUAAGAUUGCAUACCAAAAACUGAAUGUAAUAAUGAUUUCUCUUUGUCUUUUCACAGUACUACGAGAUGUCCUAUGGGCUCAACAUUGAGAUGCACAAACAGGUAUGUAGCCAUAUCAGAGUAUGUGUGUGUACAGCCAAAACACUGCUGUUUUUUUCUCCCCUAGUGAUUGAGGAAUAUAAACACACCUACACACACACACAUACCUGACCUCGCUGUCUACCCUCAUCCUUAAAUGGCUUUAGGAGGCAAACACAUACUGGCUUUCUGUAGUGAAAACGCUGACAGGCUCAACAACACAGAGGGCACGCUGCCUGAUGUGGAUGGUUUGAUAAGAUUAAAGUAAAGUAUUUGGCAGACUGUCUGAGAGGAUGUGUUUCUGUGUGGUUUGUCCUUCUGACUGUGUGUGUGUGUGUGUGUGUGCGUGCACAUAUGCCUGCACUAUUCUGUGUCUGCCUCCCCAGUGCCAGCAGGGCUAAAAGCUCAUUAGUUCAGCUGCCACCCAGCAUUGGGCAUCAUGCUGCAGUGGAAAGACUUCCACAGAUGAAUGGGGCAAAAAAUAUCUGCAGUUUCCUCUACACCACCCAAGGAGCCAAUUCAGUACACUAGAGGCAUGACGGGGAGGGAAAAGGGGGUAAUGGGGGAAGCUGGGGGUAGAUAUGUUUAAAUCAUCUUUGCAGUAGUCAUAGUAACAGGGUUUCACACCCUGCUUCUUUCUGUAUUGCUUAUGGUUAAAAAUGGCUAAUAAUUGGUAGUUAGUUUUGGUGCUAGGUGGCUCUAACCUACAUACUAAAGUCACACUGCUGAAGUGUCCCAGAGCAGGGCACUGAGAGCUGAGGAGAUCUGGUGAGGAUCUGUGUUUGCUGGGAUGCGAUAUUCUUCUCGAUGACAAUAAGUGCCCCCCCUUUAGGGAAUUAGUUUCUGUGUUUUUUUGGCAUCUUAAAGCUUGAAAAUUUUAAUGCUUUCUGACACUGUGGUGCAAAAGUAUUUCCACUGCAUGUUGUCCCUUUGUUUCGUUGUGUAUCAAACAGAAGUUGUGGCAGAAAUAGACAAACUGUAUUUGACCUUUGACAAAACAAAAGCAAGAAUGAAAACCAAACUGAGUUCAAGCUCCGUAUCAUGAGGAACAGCAACUUUUCUGUGUUUGUUUAUUCUUGUCAAAGGAAUAUCUUAGUUUAACUUUUAAUUAGAUUGAACAGGUUUGUCGGGUGUCAAAAGUUUAAAUGAAUAUUUCUUUAAUUACAGGAAAAUGAAUGAAUUGUGUGUUUAUGUAAGUAUUUAGGUGUGACCUCAGAAUGAGAAAUCAGCAUGUAUGGAGAUGGCUGUGAUGAGCUGGUGGACUUUUGAUGUUGUUAUGAUAAGAGAACAUAGUCCAUAAUGCUACAAAGAAGUCUUUUGUAGAUGACAGGUCACCGUUGUAAGCACUUCUGAAGCUUAAGAACUAACCCCAGGCUGUUUAGUCAGCCGUGUGACACCCACAUUUUCUCUUGCAUCAACAGACACCCGCACAAUCUUUUAUUCAGUUCAUUUAAUAAGAGGAAAAAAUGAUUAAUGUGAUCUCAAGACACCCUUGUCUUAUCUUUCUGCACUUACAUUUCCAUUUUCUCUGAUUCUGCCUGGCUUCCGUCUCACCUUUUGCCUCCAUGAUUCUCCUCUUCCAUCCUCUUCGUGCCCUCGUGUCUUUUCAUUGCUUUCCCCUCUGUCUGCCCCACCACCCCAGUGAUGUGAUGUGAAUGAUGGCCCUUGUGUCAUUAGCUGUGUGAUAUGAUGUAUGAGGGUGGGGGGUGGGGGGGUGGGGAGGAGGCUGCAUGGCCCUCAGAUCCAGAAGGUUAAUGGCAUCAGUGGGAGGGAGGCCCAGUUGGAACAGCGGCAGACUGCACAAUUCAUCAGCUUUAGACGAUUUCUCCAGGCACGUGUGUGUGUAUAUGUGUGUAUGUGUGUGUGUCAAAUAGGUGCUUUCUGUUUAUCAAGGAGCUCACUGCCUCACCCCCUCCUCCCUGUUCUCGAGCGUUUUCUGUCAGGCACUUAUCACCGACAAGGAGGUUGAAGCGAUGCAGGGGUUUGGGGGGCGGAGCUGGUUGUUGUGGGUGGAUGCUGGUGGCGGUGGACAAAGCAAAGGAAGAAGCGCGUGAGGAGGGGGAGGGUGGUUGAGGAGGAUGAGGAGACAGGAAAGGAGUGAGAGGCUUCAGGGUAAAUGGGUUAAUCGACUGGUCCUCUCCUGUGCAUCUCCUUUGUUUAUCAAUAAGCCCGGUGGAGUCGACGGAGCACUCUGAAUAAUGCAUGACUCCUGCCACCUCCCUCGCUCGCCCCCCCCUUCUUCCUCCCUCCCUGGUGAAUGAGUGUUUGUGAUGACAUCAGCGAGAGGUAAACAGACAGCCCUUAGCGGUCCCUGUUAUUGGUGGGGGGGUGGUGGGUGGGAUGGAUUAUUGGAUGCAGGCAGGAAUAUUAACUCUGCCUGUGUAGAAGAUUUAUGCGUGCGAGGGAAAGACAUGAUAAACCCACUUUGUUUUGUUAUUGCUCCAAAGCUGGAUUGAAAGCCAGGCAAAUGGGCAGAAUCACACUCACACACGCGCACAUAUCAAUAAAGACUGGCACACUUUAAAUGGUAUUACCAGUUCUGUCUUUAUACACAUAAACACACAUUUACACACACACAACUUCCUCUACCCCGUUGCUGUUGAUCUGAAUGGUUGCUAGCAGAGGGAUGUGUGCGGUUGCUGGGGGGUAAUUUGUUUUGACAGUGUCUCUUAUGAUGGCAGAGAGUGUAGGGUGGAGGUAAUCACCCUCGCUCGCUGUCAAUAAGUGAUUUUAAUUAGCGCAGCUCAUUAGGCUGCCUCAGCAACAUGCCCUGCUGACUCUGUGGUGUGGGCUGCUUUGUUUUUCACUGCUUCUCCUCUCUGUUGUGGUCCCUGUUUAUCUCUUGUUAGCUUGUCUGGGUUUUUGAUUUCAGUUCUCUGUUUUGAUGAACUGAAAGCAAAUGUACAAGAAUAGAUUUCUAGAGAGAGUCAACCAUCAACAGGUCCUGUAGACUGCUGUUACAGUUGCCUAUUCACUUGUGUAAAGAGCCAUGAUGUGUCGUUUCAAACCAGCUUAGGAUGAGGUUUUUUUAUGGCUAGACUUUUGAUACAUUAAUUUUUAUAUUUGAUAUUAAUCGGUAAAUUCAGUUCAGGUCUGUAUGAACAAUGUAAAGCAGUAAACAUAUAUCUACAGUUACAUUUUUAAGACCUGUAAACAUUUGUUAGAUGUGGCAGAUACUGUGGAUAGAGCAGGAAACUGGUAGAGAGGAAGUGACCCAGGAGAAAGAGGUUGUAGGCUGGACAUCAACCUGGGCUGCCCACUUGAAGGCUGUAGCCUCUUCGAUUGUGUACCUGACAUAACCACUGACAUAAAACAGUGCUGUCCUAGCUUUUGUGAUGCGGUUCCCUGCUGACAACAGUCUUGUAGGUGGUCGUUGAAACCUGAAUUACUUUAAUAUUUAAAUUCUGUUUGACUCAAAGUGCAUAUUACUUCUGACUUGUCCAAUAGGCCUCCAGGGAGUCACAAUGAAAUGUGCAAAUCAAAAGCAUUGUGGUCUAGUUGUAAUUCAUCAAGGCAGCAGCAGGAUGCAGAAAGAUGCUGGAGUGGCUCGCCUGCCUUGUGCCAAAAGCGAACAAAUCAAAUGUGAAUUAAGAAAGAAAUGCGCUGAUUUGACCCUAAUUACAUAAGAAUGAAUGUGUCAAAGCUGAAAGCCCAGAUUUCAAUCAUGCACUUACCCGCAGCAACAACAAAAAGGCUUUAAAACAAAUUGGUUCAGAUAAUUGUGAGACAAAAAUCAACAGUGUAGUACUUUCAGAGUAAUGCUGACAAGGCUUGCCAAAUGUAAGCAGCGUUUCUCCUCAAUAUUGUUUUAAUCCUGUUUUUAUCUGAGGGGCGUCGUCAUCAGCAAGUUCUCAAAGCGAGCCAUUAGGAUUGGUUUUCAGGUGAAUGAAAUUUUAUCUGAACAUCUCUAAUUUUUUGUAUCGGUUUUCUCACUUGUUGAAUGAAACAAGGGAAACAGAUCAAGUGCUUUAUCCUAGGGGGGUCAUGUUCGUUUCCUAGACGGAGGAAGAGGGUGAGAGGAAGAGCAGAGGGAGGGAGGAAGAGAGAGGGAGCUUGUGCAAAUGAAUAAUUUAUAGAGGAUUCCUGGAAUUGUUUGCCAAGGUGAUGAUGGCCGACCUGUCUCUAAGCCAAAACAAACUGACUACGAGAACACACACACACACACACACACACACACACACACACACACACUCUCUCUCUCUCUCUGGAGGGGGGUUGACGAGGUUAGUGGAGGCUGUGAGACAUGCUGGAUUUUGAUAGCUGGGCUACAAGGGCUGCUAGGAACAGUGUAACACAAUUAGUGUCUCUGUGUUGGUGUGUAUUCAACCAGGCAGCAGAUGAUAGUUUUGUGUGUCAGUGAUGAUGUGGUUAAUUAAAGAAAAAAAAAGUACUUUGUGCUUGUGUGUACAUAUAAACUAUAUAGUUCCCAGUGAUAGCUUUAAAAUAUUGUUUACAUGAUAGUUUGAAUCAGAUGUAAUCUGCUGGAAAACAGCUUAUCUCCGUACGCUCCCCUGCAGAAAAGGAUGUCAGUACAGUUUUGUGAGUAUGAGCUCAAAAUAGAAAGACAUGCACACGCAAAAUAUUCUUCAUGCAUUCGUAAUGAACAAGAUACCUCUAAGUGCCUCUUUCUUCCUCUGCUCUGGCUGAGAAGAUAAUUCCCAAACAGCCCAUCUCUGCCUCCCCUCCCCCCGUCAUAUGCCACUUGUUUUCCUCGCCAAUUGAAUCCUCGUCAGAGUCUCUGCUUUCUACUUGGGGGCUAAUGCCUGCAGCGACAAACAGCCAAAUGGCUUUCAACGCACCAUUGACAGAGGGAUGCAAUGGAGAGAGAGCCUCUCCAAGCUGUGGUGCUACUAGACAACCCUGAGUACCUGUUAUUGUGGAGCUGCAGUGAAAAGCUUCUGCCGGCUCAAAGGCUUCUGUUUUCAGUGGCUUUAAGUGACAAUAAACUCUUUCCAGUGCCUGUCUCUGCCGCUAAAAGCACUGUAGAAAAUAGAGCCUCCAUAGUAAAGUGGGAGUCAUUUAAGAGUACUGCUAGUCAUUGGAUGUGAUGUGCUGCGAGUAUUUUUUCUCUUCAAAAUGACAGUAGAAAAAAGAAAAGUCGUGUAAAUAAGCAGUAUGCCCGUUUGAACUCUGUGAACAUGUCUGAACAGAGCAGACGGACUUCUUUACAAAGAUGUGGUUGAUGAAGGUGGCAAUUACAAAAAAGGGUUCAUAGUUUGCUUGUCAGCUAGAUGUGAGAGUGAUGUUUGGGAAUGAUAUGACUAACUUAUGCAUUAAGUGAAAACUGUGAAGGUAGUCUGCACCAAAAAAAUGUUACCACAACUGUCAGAGGAAGCCGUGUCUUGGGGAAUAAACAACAUAAGCUCAACUCUGUAUGAUAGCAGCUCCAACACACGUGAUGCUGAAACUCACCUGUUAGAAGAAACACCUGUGUGUUUGAACAUUUCAGCAUCUCCAGAGUACUUUUGGAUUCCAUGGCUGUUUUUUGACUCCACAUGGCGGUUCUGCAGUAGUGAUUGCUCUGAAAAAAUGGGUGCUUUUUUGUGAGUUGGUUUGCGGUGAGGGUUAGCGAUGUUGCUGCUAAUAGCAGAGUGUGUGUCAGCACACUGCUGUGUUCUACAAGCCCCAUGUUGCUCCCCUUGCAGCCAUUUCCAGAGAAGUGGUGUGAUACUGAAACACUCUAAUCCUACUGUGUGUCAUUGUAUCCAGCCCCCGCUAAUGAUGAUGCUUUAUGAGUCUCCACAGAGCUCCCUCCUUCUCUUUCUUUCAGCCUCCCCACGAGUACGGCCCCCUCCCCACCUCCCUGCUCCCAGUUAUCCCUCAUUAAUUUCCCGUGCCGAUCAGAUCGACAGGCCGAAAAUUCAAUUUAAUGACCUGCCUCUUUGCUGCGCCUAAUAUGAUUUUACAGGCUGUUCUGGUCAGGGCCCCAGCCCAAUUUACAUAACGAUCAGCCGUGCCAGAUAGCGUUGCCCCAGCAACAGAAGAGGGGGAAGAUGAGAGAGGAGGAGAAGGAAGGAGGAGGGAGGGCUCAGAGGAGAGGAGUGGAGAUUAGCAGGAAGGGGUGUGAAGAAGUGUUUGGAUGUGAGGAGGAGGGAGAGGGACGGCUGGACGAAGAAAGAAUGCACAGUGCGUCUAAGGUCAGACAGGGGGGUUGUGAGAUAAUUCCUGACAGGCCAGCAAAGGUUUGCCCCCUCCACCCCUCCUUCCUGUCCUUCCUUCACUUAGAAAGAGUGACACAGAGAGCUGAGCAAAGGGCUACUGGCACCUCCUGUCCCUUUUCCCCUUCUCUGUCUCCUCCCUCAUCCUUUCACAGUCAAAAAAGGUUAAAGGAGAAAAUGAGGGGAAUGCAGUGAUGUAAAAAAAAAAAAAAGAGCGGGAAGGACCUCAGUCCCCCCCACACACACCUGCUGGGCCUCCACCCCUAAUCUCUCAGAAUCAAUUAGUUCACCUCCCUCGCUUCAGUCAAACUACAUUACCUUAGUGUCAAAUCAGAGCGUUUCACUCCCCACCACUCCCCCUCUUUUUUCUGUCUCUACUUUUGUAAUUCUCCCCUCCUCCAGCUCCUCUCUCCGUAGAGCUGACAGACUUUAAAAAAGGAAAUGGGUUUGGGCCAAAUGUCUUGGGACAUUCGAGUGCGGUAGGCAGACAGCACAGCAGAUCCAUUUGUCUGAAUGCAGCUCCGUAAAGUGCUCUAUGUUCGUGAUUCGCUGCAGUAUCAUCUUACUGUCCCAGCUAAUAUUCCAGGGUCGAUACAGGGAUGCUUCUGAUAGAUACGGCCAGAGAGUUAACCUGCCCGCCUGUGUGCCCCACCCCCCUCUUUAUGGGCUGUAAUUAUGAAGUAUGGACCUCAUUAUGGUCUCUACAGCCAGAUGGUAUUAGCAUAUUUCAACCUGCUAAUGAAAUAAGGCCUGAAUCUAAUGGAGGCAGGAGAGAGAGGGAGGUAAAUUUGUUUAAAGGCCAUCCCAAUUUAGUUAAGAAAGACAUGAUCUGUCCAGAUGGACGCUGCAAACAUUUCCCCCUGUGUUUUAAAAGUAAUUUAACUGCUCCAUUAUUAUGUUGUCUGUGGCAAGCAGUACACUGAAGCACCAGAGUCCUAAUGUGUCCUCUUUCUUCUCCAACAGACUGAGAUCGCCAAACGUCUCAAUGCAAUUCUGGCUCAGAUCAUGCCAUUCUUGUCACAAGAGGUGAGUGAUUUUUUUCCUCCAGCUUCAUGCGUGAUGUUCAUUGACUUCAGACGAAAGUGUAAGGACUGCUAUUGUGCACAGACCUGGAAAAUAAGAUGUAUAAGAAUGAGAGAGCAUUUUUUUUGGAGUGCAUGACAUGCAUUGAUUGCACAAUUAAAAUUCAUUUCAUUUUUUUUCACUUCAUGGAGCAGUUACAAACACAAACCUGGUGAAAAUGGUCUCAGGGCAACAUGUGUUCUUGGUUAAUAAUAUAUGAGUGGUUAUGCAUAGGUGUGCUUUUUUUGUUGCACUGAAUUUCGGUAUGAUAAAAUGACUUUGGCACAUUAUGGAGCAUAUCCCCCCCCUCAGUUUGAGUGCCAAUUGGUAAAUUUAGGAUGGUAAACAUUCAGACCCUGCAGGAAAAUCAGUUUUUUCCCUCUCUCUGUAUUUUGUAAUUUAUUCCGUCCCAUCAGGAAUCUAAUCUUUGUGUUUCUGUAUCCUGCAGCAUCAACAGCAGGUGGCUCAGGCUGUUGAACGGGCCAAGCAGGUGACAAUGACCGAGCUUAAUGCUAUCAUCGGGGUACGUGGACUUCCCAAUCUGCCUCUCACUGUGUGUAUACCCCCUUUUCUUCCAUUUUUUGACCUCGAGUCAGGGGCAAGACUGCACAAAUAGAAGAGGACCAGCAAACUUUUACAUAAACAUUAUUCAGGCUAUCUAAACAUGAUCACUUGGGCUUUAAAUUUAGGAGUAAAAUGGGAUGAAAAGAGAGUGAGAUUGGCUCUCUGUAUGAAUCUGCCACUUUUUUUUUCUCUUUUGCAUUCAGAUAUUCAGAAUGAAACUCUGUGUCCUCCUCUCUUGUGCCGUCUUGCCCCUGUCUCCAGUGGUUUAUUAUGUUUUUAUUUGAGUUCAUGAUGUUUUUAAUGUGCCGUCAAUAUGGUGUUCACCGAUAUAAUUUCACUGAUUGUUGGUUAACUGUGACCUGUCAGCACUCAGCGUGUAAGUCUUAGCAGCAGCAGCUCUGCUCUGAUUUUCUCGUCUCAGACAGAGUUAAGGAACAUCUGAUAUGAAGUAACACAGUCCAGACUAAGAUCAGAUUGUGGCGUUUCUCAGAUUUCACUUUGGCUGCACUUUAAUUAGAUAAAAGGUUCCAGCCAACAGACUUAGCCCUACCUCUGACCCAGUAACAGGAGGAUUUAAGAGCAGUAAAGUUUGGACAAGCACUGUGACUGCAGCAGAGAUUACAGCAGUAAAGAUGGAGCAGGUCCUGAACAUUUGUGAGCAGUCAAGGAGAAAGGAUUUCAGCUUCAUUCAAACACUUGUCAGAAUAGAGGGAGCAGGAAAAGUCUAAAUAAUCUGACUUGAGGGAACUUUUACUAUAUAAACAACCACAACUGGCUUCUGUUCUUUUUCAAGUGAUUAUUUUAUCGCUUGUUUUCUCAGUACUCAUUUGAUAACGUGUCUCAAAAUAACCAAACUUUCCAAAGCCAGGGGCAACGUCCCUGUUUUGUCUGGCCAAUAGUCCAACAGUUCAGUUUUCUGCCACAUCAGACACGUUUAUGCAAACACAUUGAUGUAGUUACGGUCAAACAUAAUCAGUUAUUGCCUGAAAAUUGACAUUUGUGGUUAAUCUAAAACUGUGGGCUUGUGAUGUUUGAUUAUUCAUGGAUAUUGAACAAUUUCUUUUUGAUCCUUGCUGUUGAAAAUGGAUUUGAUUGGCUGUAAACACCCAAUUGAUUUCCCUUUAUUUAGUCACCAGUUUGCUGACACAGAAUCUCAUUCUGUUUUCUUUUAUUUGCUGUUGAAAAUGUAAAACAUUAAGACCAUUUCGUCAGCGCGCCAUAAAUACUCUCAUCUAAAACCUCCCCAGCAGCAGCUAUUUUAAGGUGUUUAAAUCACUGCAAAGAAAUGUCAACAUUGUCAAUAUUCAAUAUCAGGGCUUAUGGUUUCUGUUUCUUUUGUAGGUCAUUAAAAAGACAUGAGUGUUACUUUCACAGUUUUUCAAAAUCAGCAAAAAAUAUUCUCACAGGAGCUUUAAGAUUUAAUAAAUAGAAUUUCCAAAUUGAAAAACUAACUAAUAUGCAGUAGAUGUAAAUUUAAUCCCCCUAUCCAGUCGCCUAUAACCACUUAAACUGUGUAUCAUAGGAGUACAGGAUGCAUACUGUUUGCUAAAGCAGGUCAUGUUUUUCAUAGUAGGUUUUUAGGGUCAUGGACUUCCUACUUGCUUUUCUUUUUCAACACUUCUCUCAAAAGUUCUUUUUAGUUUUGUGACAGAGCGCAUGUUAAAAUCAGUAAAAGGCCUUUUAAUGGAGCCCCAUCCCCAAACACACUAAACCCACUCUAGCCUAAUGUGCUUUUAGUGUUUUUCCCUUUCAUCUGGUUUAAUUUAACUCCUAUGAGCCGGGCCACUUCUCAAUAGCCAGCUUGGACCCAGAUGGAUAACUGACCCUUUUGAUUAGCCCUCUGUAACAGAGGUUUGUCAUUGGUUAGUUGGUCUCAGUGGUUCGGGGUCAGGUCUAAUGAAAGGCAGCUAUCGAAAUUCGAUUAGAGUAAAUGAGCCAGGAGCACAACCCGCAGUUUUCAAGGUAAUUACUUCCUAUUUCCUUUUUCUUUUUAGUCCCCCAGCCAACUCUGUGAGGCUGUCUACAGUGACCCUACCGUCAUUAAGGGUGGGCAGGGCCAAACAGAACACACAACAAUGCACAGUGACACACACAUUAACGCACACACAGGAAAACAGACUUUAAUCAUGGUGGCAAAGACGUGGCAGGUGAUCAAUCUUCAUGUCCCCUCAGUGCGAGCGAGGCAGUGUGCGGCUGUGAUGUCAUUAAAGUCUCACAGAGAUUCAGAGAGCAUCAGACUCUGGCAGCUCCAUACAGCAGAUAGAUCAGAAGACAGAUUUGAGUCUAGACAACCACACACACACUCGCACAACAGACUGGGUUUUGAUAUGUGAUAAAGUUUACUCAGUAUAUGAAAGUCCCUGACUGCCUCACUGUCGCCUGUCAGGGUGUGCUGACUGAGAGCCAAUACAAAAGAUGAGUUUCAGCUUUAGGUUCAGGGGGACCCGCUUUAUGACCACCUAGAAGUUUUCUCAAAUCAAAAAUUGAAUUUCAAAAUAAGCUGACCUAAUAAUCACCAUUAAAGAAAAAAGACUUCUGAAUAUGGAAGUCUGUAGAGAAAAGAGUGACUGCAGAUUUCAGUCCAGUAGAUGUUGAUCAUAACUCCUCUUUUAUUCUCUUAAAGAGGAAGUCUGUCUGUAUGAGAGAUUUUAAUAUCUGCCGUCUAUGCUGGGAGUCUAAAUACGAAAUGGCCUUUAGAGGCUUCAGCAUGUGUGUUAGAGAAGUGUUGAACUCUGCAGUUAAUAUAUGAUAUUUGACAUUGAACUGAUCAAGUCAAAGAAAUGAAUAAGAAAAUGUUCCAAUGUCAUUUUUAUUCACAUUUGUGUUACGAGGUCUAAGGCAACCAAGUUCUUUUAGUUUCCAUUAAAUCAACAAUGCAGUGAAGAGGGUCAAAGGCAGACCCUCUAAAUACUAACAUAUGGUUUACAUAUCAAACGUAAAAGGACAGUACAGACCUGUAGCCUUGGUGCGGUGACAAGCUGAAUAGGUGACUGAAAAGCCAACAUAAAAAUGCAAAUAAGCCUCCCCUGUCCUGCUCGCUGUUUUGCAUAAGUUAUAGCCCGAGGCGUCUUAUGAUUGAGUUUGAUUGAGAGUCAGAGGUGCCGUCUCAUUUCCAUUCUCCUGCUCUCAUUUCCAUGAUUCAACACGAGCCAAGAUUGUACCGAGAUAAUGUUUAACCAGUAGGUUACAGGUGCUGCGCUUCUUAUCACCAACCCUUUUGUUAAUAUGUCGAGCACACAACUUUAAUACUGCCUGCUUUUGUUUUGGAUGUCUCUUACUUGUACUUGAUUUACUCUUUGUAACCAAAGAAAGGUGCAACAAAACUCCUCUUCUUCCCAUCUGCUGCUGGACUGUAAUAAAAUCUAUUUGCUUUCUUUGACAAUCAACUGAAUCAUUUGUGGAUCUGGAUCGUCAAUAAAACAAUACCAGUCAUUCAUACAACAAAAACAACCUCCUGAACACAUGCAAAACAAGAGCUAGCCGAUAAUGAAUCAUAGGUUGCUACUUCAGUUUUCAUUAUCCUGUCCAUGCUUGUGUUAUUCCUGGCUGAAUCCCACCUCUUCCUCUCUCCUUUGACCCAGCAGCAGCAGCCGCCUCAUAGUGUUUACCCAGCCUUCAUGGUCAGUGUCCAGGGAGUUACACAAACUGUUUUUCCCUGAGUGUUUGCUGGCAGUCUAAUGUGUGUCUUUGUUAACAGAUGUGAUGCUUUUUACACACUAGGCAUGUCUUGGGUGUGUUUGUUUAUCUUGUUUGUAUUGUGUCGUUUGUCUGCGUUAAUCAGGUGACAGAGAUUUCAAGGCGUGUUUUUUGUUAACCUUAGAUACAGUCCCACGGUCUGAGUUUCAUUCCACUAGUAUAGUCAAUCAGAUCUGCCUUUAGCGUCAGAUGUAGUGUAAUCUUUGUCACGACGACGGAAGGAGCUAUGAUGAGCCACUGAAGCCGUUGUAAAGCACAGAAUAAGUAGGUAAUGUGGCGAUGACUGCCAGACUUAUUAAGCCAGUCUGCCAGCUGGUUUGUGCCGGUGCUGUUGAUGCGUGUUCCACCUGACAGUACUGUUCUGCAGGGAGCCAGCUUCGCCUAGUUAACUUUAAUUGCCUGUUUCCUGUGGAAGUUGCCUGAGCUGCGGCGGCAUUUACACAUAAUGAAAAAAGAUAAGUGUGAAAGGAAGCCAGCUCUUUAUCCAUGAAUAUUGAAUUGGAAGCAAUUUAUUUUCAGAUUUUUCUCCCUCUCCCUCUCUCUCUCUCUCGUUCCCUUCCCUCCCCUCGUCUCUCCUCGCUCCUCUUCUCAGCCAUAGCUCGUUAAUGAGGCUUCUUGAUAAUGAUCCCUGCACGCUUUUCCUCAUUAGGCACACUCAAUAGGGACGUCCCUGCCUCGGUCCCUCUCUCUGUCGUUCUCUUGUUAUUUUCUGAUUCUGCCUCUCCCUCCCUUUUCUUCCUCUGGCUGCCCCUUCCUCUCUUUUCCUUUUUCACAACAAAUAGGCUGCUCAGCACACCAGUACAAUAUCGAUUAACAAUGCUGCUCCUCGGUCGCUUAUAUCCAUUGUGCGAUUUCGGGUCCAGCUCCUCAUAAUGAGCUGACUGAAUAAUGGCCAGCUGCUAAAUAAACCUUUAAAUGUGGUGAGCCGCCACAUGUACCUCGGCCUAGCUCAUGUAAUGAAUGUAUGGAUGAGCGUAUUGAAGUUCUAUCCAGCCAGCAGAAUAGCAAUCAUGUUUUUUUUUCUGUUUAAGAGAGGCGGUUGAUGGAUGUGCUAAGUGUUAUUUAACCUUGUUUUAAAGCACUUGCUUCCCUCUUGCCUGAGUGGCUAUUUAACUCCUGUCUAUCUACUCACUCCUCUGACUGGCUCACACACACACACACAAACACGCAGACACACACAUCCACGGCCUCUUGGGAUGCGUGUGUGUGUUCUCCAUUGUGUCUGUGCUUAGCUGCAUUUUGCUCGAGGUGUGGGCGUGCUUGCUUGGUUUUCCAGUGUUGAAAGGUUUCGAGGUUUUUGAGUGUAGACCUAUUGAUUUUUGACUGUCCCAGCUAUGAUUGAAGCACAGCAGUUUGGAGGGAGCGAAAAAAAAACAGGAGGAUUUCUGAGAAUCAGAGGAGACAUGGUGUUGAGUUGAAUAUAGUUGUGUCAUAUAAUCUUGUAACCUUAGGGGGAAAAGAUAAGCAGUUUAAAAAAAAGGGGUUUAAUAAGUCAAGGGCACAAAAGAGUGUCAUGUCUGUAGUAUACAAACCGAGAGUGUAACACUAUUGCUCAUCCAUGGAAGAACCUGACACUAACCUGUAGGGGUGGGAGAAAAAAAAUCAAUACGGUAUAGUAUCGCAAUAUUUUGUCUGGUGAUACAUCAUCUUAUUUACCAAGAAUCGAUUUUUUCAAAUAAACUGCUUAUGUGAAGUCAAAUCUAUGAUAAUGGGAAAAUAAAAUCAACUGUUUGUCCAGUGAGGUUGGCAGAGGUGACAUCGUAGAGCAGGAGAAAGUUAGUGCAACAAAUCUAUAUAAGGUUUGCAAGAUAAGCAACAUGAAAAUAAAAUACUGUGUAAAUAAGACAAACGUAAAGGAAAGACAAAUGCUAAAUUAGCCAAACAGUUGAAAAAAUUGUAUAAAUCACAGUAUAUAAUAUUGCAAUACUCACUGUAUUGCAAAAUUUAAAAAAUCGCAAUAUUGUAUUGUGAUAAUAUCGUAUCGUGAUGAUUCCCACCCCUACUAACCUGGUGCAACCGCUUUAGUCAUCCACACAGCUAUUUAGACCAUCAUUAAUAUCAAUUACAAGGCAUAAACAUGAUAAAUGAUGUACCUCCAGCUUCUUAAACGACAUCAUUUCCUGUUUUUCUUUCCCCCCUAAUAACUAAAAAUUAAAAUAUUUCAGUUCAGAUUAGUCGGCUAGAACUUGGGCGACUAUAGUUUGGGUUUUUCAUGUUGCAGACGGGCAACUUUCUCUAUUUUCAGCCUAAAUUAUUCAGCGAUGAAUCAACACUAAUGCUUAAUAAAUGAAGUAACAGCUGCAGCCCUACUUUGAAGUGCUGUUUUUUUUCUCUUAAGUAAAUUAUGAGUUUAUAAGUGCCAGUUAAUAUUAAGUACCAGCCAUAAUGUUGUAAGUCACAAACAUUUCAUCAUUGAUAUUAAUUGUUGCCUCGUGAUCAGUCCAGUCCAGAUGCUUGAGACAGUCAGAGUGUUGGAUUGAGUCAUAAUAAGACGGGAAGGUUUUUAAUCAGCCUUCUCUUCUCCAGCACCUUCUCCAGAUGAUUCUCAUACCAUACAACCAGAGUUAUGUACAGAAUCUGGUUUUCCCUUCAGCCGGUGAAUGAGCUGGAUCAGCAUGUUGGCACUCUCUGUCAGUCUAUUCUGCAUAAACGGUUUGGCCUUGAACUAAAUGCGCUCAAAGCCAGCUCUAAUGCAUGAGUGGAGUGUGGUCAUCCAUGGAUUCACUUCCCAGCCGACCCACUUGUCCUCUGUCUUGUCUCUGUGCGUUUGUUUACAGCAGCAGCAGCUCCAGGCUCAGCACCUCUCUCACGCGGCCCACGGCCCCCCAGUCCAGCUCCCCCCUCACCCAUCGGGCCUGCAGCCGCCCGGCAUCCCCCCUGUGACGGGUGCCGGCUCUGGCCUUUUGGCUCUGGGUGCUCUUGGCAGCCAGGCCCACCUGCCUGUAAAGGGCGAGAAGAACCACCACGACCUGGAGCACAGAGGUGAGGAGCACAGCCUGCCACAUGAGCACGUGCACACACAAACAAACACACACACUGCCUGCAGUGUUCCACUGCUGAUGGGGGAUUGUUUUCACUAGAACUUGUUCUACCAGCCAGAUGCAUUUAUCAUAGAAACAAGCUGCUGUGUAUUUCUGCAUGUAGGUGUUUACGGACGAAAUCACAGAGGGUGAUGAAAAAAAACAAUUAUACAGCUUUCUUCAGAACUUCAAACAUUUUUCAUUAAAUACAGGAUAAAAUUUGUAACUGAUGGUCUUAUUUGUGUCUUUACUCAUGUUGUAUUGAUCAGUUAUAAACCAUUAAAAUAGCUGUUUUAUCGACCUUUAGGUUUCCAGGCAUUUAAAUGAAUUAGUCAAGUUAACAAUAAAAUGUGAUGUUCUCACUUUCUACUUAGACUUAAAGUCUGCUGUCAUAAAUGUCAGUAAUUCAGUGAGGUAUUGUGGGUAAUAAACCCACAAUAGUACAAUAGCCUUGACUUAUUUGGACAUGAAACUGCUGGGUAACUAAUAGAUGUUUUUUGUUUUUUAAAUAGUACUUAAAUAAUCAGUCGGUACUUUCUAUCAGAGAGCUCCUGACGUCUCCCUCAAAGGUCAGAGGUCAAAUAGUGGGGAGUCCUCUUGAUAAACUAAACAAUAACAAGGUAAAGGGGAAGUAUAGGCCUCAGUUUUCACCGUCUGGAAAUCUCAAACUUGCUUUUUCUUAAGUCACUGUUUAUUUCUCAUUAAAAAAGCAUCAAUUUAUGGUCGACUCAGCUUUCAUAAAGUCACAGCUGCUAAAAACUACAUAAUGUCUAAUAAUAAACAGUUACCAAUCUUGUAAAUAUCUUUUUCAGUCAGUGUGUCUAUGAACUAAACAACAGAGUUUUGACUGACUUGUUUUGGCUCUGGACUUGUCUGAUCUUAAUACAGACUCUCGGUGACACCCAUACUAAUUUGUGUUUUGCUUUCUUCUCUCCUGGCCCCUCAUCUUUUCACUCGCCUCUGGCCCUUCCUCUGAAAGAACGCGAGUCGAGCACGGUACGUUGACUUUGGUCUCCUCUGUCUCCUGUGUGUGUCUUGACUUUGCCGGUCUCUGGCUCACUGUGUUUGGUGAUUAGGUGUACUUUACAUAGACUUAAGCUCCCCGUUCAAUAGAAAUUCAUGCUCUCUCUGUAAGAACACACACUUUUUUGUACUCUGGAGGUUGACUGGAAUCAAAUAAUGAAGUCUGGCCAAAUAAGCCGGUGCCAUCUAAUCCAGGUGGAAAAUGACUCCAAUCACUGGGCGAGGAUUAGUAGUCAGCCAGCUCCUUUAAUUUCAGCACAAUUAAAAGCGACUUUGACUCUCCUUCUCUUCUUCCCCUCCUUACUUUGGAGGAGUCACUGUUGCAUGUGUCCAAUACCUGACUGCUUUCAUCUCCAUUUAUGUAAGGUUAGCUUUUUCUUUGCAUACGCCUCUAUUUUCUGCCCUCUCCUCCUCUUCUUAUCUCUCUCUCAUUUGCUCGUUUCCAACAUCUCCCUCUGUCUCUAUCUCUCGCCUCCUCCUUCUCAUGUUAAAGUCCUUGUUUAUUGGACUGGCUUAAAGCUCUCAGUGAGCUGGAGCGUGACAACCUGCUGGAUCUGCUCGGCCAGAUUGAGUUCCCAUUGACUGACCAUCCUGAAUGGGCCCACUCAUGUCUGAAGGGAACCCAAACUCUUCCCCCUCUGUCUCAUAUGGUGACAAGCGGCUGCCAGUGCAACCUUACCUGAUCUCUUUUCCAAUGCGCGCACACACGUUCUGCCCUGUUGUCUCGUUGCAUCUGAUACCAGAGUUGGAGGCAAGCGCAGGGUUAUUGAGUCUACGCAAUCCAUUAAAGGUCACCGGCUCAGACACACAAACAGGCUACAAGAGAUCUCUGUCUGCCAGGCGGCAUCUCAGCACCAAACCAGACUGACUCUUCCUCAGCAGUAGCUGAACAGAUUUCCAUAUUUUGACCUGAGAAGGAGGGUCGUGGAAAUGUCAGGAGCAGUUUCCUAACCACAGUGUUGUUGUUUUUAUCAGCCGUUUCCGCUCCGUCUUUUUAUCAUCUUCUUUAACUUAGUUUUUAGGUUGCCAGUUUUCUUUGCCGCUCCUCUUUCUCUCCCCUUUAUUUGCAGCCAAGAAGUCAGACAUCAUCUUCCCUGCUCCCCAGAUCUACCUCUUUCUGAAGGCAGGGAUUUGUUGAGCUGCCUGACAGUGUGGCCUGGCCUCAGGGUUUUGCUUGCUUCCCCCUCCCCUGCUCCCCCCACCCCCCUCUUCCUCUCCCCUUCUCUGCCUGUCGGCCUGUUUGGCAGUGCUACCCCUCCACACCAGUGCCCAGACUACAAAACCCCCGUUUGCAGCUUCUGAGAGAGUGCCAGCCUGUCCGGGCAUUCCCACUAGUGGGGAGAACUCGUUGCCACACUGCUACGCUCUCAUGGCUUGCCAAGUUCCUUUCCUGUUUUGCUCUCUUGUCUUUCUUCCUCUUUUUUUUUUUUUUUUCUCAUUUUCUCACUCUGCCUCUUUCAUGGCUCUUUUCUCUGCUGGCAACACCCUCUUUGUGUCUUCACAUUGCACUCUUGUCCAGGUUUCCUCAAUGCUCUCUUUCUUUCCUUCCUCUUUUUUUUUCUAUUCUGGUUGAAUUUCAUGAACUCUGCUGUCAUUCUUAGGUGUUUUGUCACUGCUUCAGGCCACACAGGCACACACACACACACACACUCACACACUCACAUAGGGGCUUCACAGCAGCUGUAUAAUGCAUUCUUUCCAGCUUGACAGUGGGAGAUUCUGGUCACUUGUUUUUAUUUACAUGAAUUCCAAUGUCAAAAAAAAAAUGUGCAUGCAAAACUAUGAGCAGUUUCUUUUCGAUAAAAGUGCACCAAGCAUGUCUCUGACUGUGCUUCAAGAGGAUUCAAUGUCAGGUGGUGUGCAUGUGUGCGUACACGUACCAAAUAUCCCAUACAGCACUCCUCGUCCUCCUCACACUCUCUCUCUUCACCUCCUCUCAACCUGUCUUAAGCCUCACCUCGCUCAGGAGUUAAUGCUUUUGUCUUCCAGCUGUGUUUUGUGUGUUUGUGGGUUUUCUCAGCUGCCUCAUCUGUUUCCUCCUUGCUCUAUUGCUCUGGCAGCCGCAGCAAUAGAAGCCGAGCGGCUAAGCUAUCCCAGAAUCCUCUUCCGCUUCAUCUAUCACAAAUCAGUCCAGGAGCAUUGUGCGUUUUUUUUUGCUUUUCAGACAAUACUGUCGCCACUAAAAGGAAAAGGCAAAAAAAGCUGACAUGGACACACUGUUUUGGUCGUUUUAAGUUGCUGACUGUCAGAGUGUCACAUGCUGCAUCUUAGCCCUGAUACAUUUAUUUGACCUGGUAAAAAUGAGGCAGGGCAGUGUGGACUUUAACUUAACAGUCACUAACACCUACAAUCUUCCCAUCCUGAGCAAAGUGUGAACUUAAUCCAAAUCAGUGAGAGUCACAGUAUGUUUUUCAAUCGCAAUGCGUACCUAUAUGAAUGACCCAAAGAGCUGAAACCUGUCCUUUUACAUCCUGAACAAACUGUCAGCAUCUAUAAAAGACACCCUGUACAAGAUGAAGCACCCAGAAGGCAGCAGAGACUGAGGUGGUCUGACUACAUGCUGUUGUUGUUGUUGGCAGAAUAACUCUGUGUCGCCGUCAGACAGCCUGCGGGCGGCAAGUGAGAAGCACCGCGGCUCUUCAGAUUACGGUCUGGACUCCAAGAAACGCAAAGUGGAUGACAAGGAUAGCAUGAGCAGAUAUGUGAGUGGAUGGUUUUAUUCCUUUCUUUGGUUGACAGUGAUUAACAGCUCACCUGUUUUGGCUGCUGCGCACCCUAGACUGGUUUCUCGUUCUCACUUGGCUGCUUUUCAAAGACUUCUGCCCAUCAGAAGAACUUUAAUGAGCAACCAUAAUAUUAACUCCCGAACAAGCUGUUAAUUAUCUGUAAUUUUCACUGUAUAAACACUAACAUGGCUCAUAGAUGAUUCAUUUAAUAGGUCGGUGAUUUUUGUAAUAGUUUUUCCUCUAAAUGUCAUGGCGAGGAGCGAGCAAACCGGCUCUAAUUAUAGUUCCAGCGGAGAAGAUGUCAUUAGUGCAAGAUGCUCCAGCCAGCUUCAUACAUGUGAACCUGGUGUGGUUCAAAAAACUUGGACCAGUCAUGUUGAUAAUAUUUGACCGCUGAUAGCUGAGUCUGUCACUCCUUCUUCACAGGACAGUGACGGAGACAAAAGUGACGACUUGGUGGUGGACGUUUCCAAUGAGGUAAGACUGUGUUUGAACGAAGCUGCUCCGCCACAUUCCACAGUGCGAACACCACACAGAAACUAAACACAGCGCUCUUUUGUUGUUUGUCUGUUGGAGCCUCGACACCUUUCACAGCGCUGCCAAAAAGUCUGUCAUAAUAUUGGUUGUGUGUGUGUGUGUGUGUGUGCCAUGAGUGUGUGCUCACUUGCUGUAUUUCUUUAGCCAUUCAUGCAGAACGUAAGACAAAAAACACAAAGAGAAAAGGGAGUGACAGGUGAAUGAAAAGUGUGUGUGUGUGUGAGGGGAGAGAGUACGAGCACGCAUGAGUAUAUUUAUCUGUGUUUGCACAUGAGGCCCAGGUUUGUUUGACCUACAUGUACAUGCCAGUGGCUUUCCUCCGCUCUGUUUGCUCAGCCUCCCUCUCUUUCUGUCUCGUUAAACUCGGCAGGAUCCGGCCACCCCUCGAGUCAGCCCCGCUCACUCUCCUCCAGAGAACGGCCUGGAUAAAUCCCGAGUCCUGAAGAAGGAUGCUGCCCCCAACAGCCCGGCGUCUGUCGCCUCGUCAGGCAGCACGCCGUCCUCCAAAGCCAAGGACCACGCCCAUGUGAGUGCGAGCGACACAGUGAGGGGGCUGUAGAGGGGAUGAAAUAAGGAGGUUACAGUAGAGGGGGUGAAGGGUGAGCUGACAGACUAAAGGGCAUUUGUCAACUGAAGUGGGUGUCUGUGUGAAGGACUUAUACGCAGGAGACUUAGCAGGCAGCUGCUAUAAAGGGCUUGAAGGGGGCAGAGGGCGGAUGCACUCUCAGGAAAUCAAACCCUGUGGCUCACUCCUCUCAAUCUCCUUUAUGGCUUACCCAAUAAAUGGUCAUUUCUCCCUCCACCCAAGGCUGUAAAUAACCCAGAGACACCACAGCAAGGGAACUGCUGUCUCAAUCUUUUCUUUACUCAUCUUCUCCCUCACUAUCAUCCCCCCACUUUUUUUUUCCCUCCUGCACUGGAGCUCACAGGAAGCAGGCUAAAACAAUCCUCAUGCAUCAGUUUUACAACAACCACUUCAAUGAGGAUAAGGAUAGAUUUAUAGUCCACAUCACUCCCCUCCGCCUCCCUCGAUACCCAGCUCCUCUCUGCCCUCAUUAGUGCGUGUCACCAAGAUAAACCCCCAAACCCCCCACCUCCCGCUGCAGAGGAAGAAAGAUGGAUUAAUUAUGAGAGAAGUGUUCGGACCGCCAUCUUGCUUGUCUAGCUACUCUUAACAAGCUUGACUUCUAAGCUAAGGUUUAUGCCCCUACCCCCAACACACACACACACACACACACACACACACACACACACACAGACACACACACACAGACACACACACACACACACACACACACACCAGGGCUGUAAUGAAGUGUCAGUGUUAGAUUGGAUUACCUUGAGCCGUCCACUCAGAUUGUCACUCUGGAUUUCCCUGGCAGUGGGGGUAUUUUUGACUCACUGUGGGAUUUUUUCUUGACUGUGGCAUGGGCGCUGUUUGAUUUGAGAGUGUGUGUGUGUGGCUCAGUGAGUGAACUUUGUGUAAGAGGAUACGAAACAAGAUUACGCUCUGAGGUUAAAGAGUAUUUCAUUUUUAGAACGACAAGUCAUCCACACCGAGCCUGAAGUCCAACACGCCGACACCAAGAAAUGAGGCCCCGACACCGGGGACCAGCACCACGCCAGGUCUGAGGCCUCUCACCAUGGGCAAACCACCAGGCAUGGAGGCAUUAGGUACAUUUAAACCUCUUCUGUUAUACAAGUAACUGUCUGAUGAGGUGAAAGUGAAUUCUGCUGAAUCUUAAUUUAGCUGAAAUAAGGAUUCUGAGAAAUGUCUGCGCACACAGGGGGAGGUUUUAUGACGAAGGUACCAAGAAUCUGAUGAGCCUUCUUCAAACAGGUUAUGGAGUGCUGGUAGAAAAACCCAUUUUGUUAAACGGUUACAACACUGUUAAAAGUUAACUGGAGAUUUAUCGGAGUUAGAUAAGUAUUCAGAUGAAAAUUCAAAAACCUCCCAGAAGUUAGUAGCCUGGAGUUUUUCACCACGUCACACUCAGGAAAUUAAGUAAAAUGUGAAUAAUUGUGAGCGAAUCAUAGUUUAGUGUUUCCAAAUGUUCGUCUGUUUUCUGUAAAUCUAAUCAAACGCUCCUUCUCUUCUCCAGCCGCUCCUGCCUUGCGUACACCUCUGUCCAUCGCAGGUUCCUACGCCACCCCGUUUGCUAUGAUGGGUCAUCACGAGAUGAACGGUUCCCUGACCAGCCCGGGCGUCUAUCCGGGUCUCAUUUCACCACAGAUGAGCGCCGCAGCUGCUGCCGCCUACGGACGCUCCCCUAUUGUAAGCCUUCCAUUCUCUCGAUGCAGUUGUUCAUCAGAUAUGCUCUCAACGCUCACAACUGAACAAAUAAAGCUGCUCCACUACACACACUCAGAUGUUCCUCCUCCACCGGCAGGGUGAAUAUUUCCCUGCAUUAGGUUGUUGGGGUCUUGUCUGCAAAACGACUUUGAAAACUUGAGUGAUCCUCCUGUAUUUCCAUACCUCAUUGCGAAUGUUUCUGCUCAGCUGGCUGCUGCUGCUUGUUGUGUGUACAUAAUGAGGGAGUACAAAGACAGCAGCGCUCCUCAACUUUGAUGUUCGUUAGUUAGCAUUCUAGAGGCUUUAAAAAAGGCUCCCCCCCAAAACGCAGCUCCGUGUUUGAAAGUCUCCCAGGCUUUCAUUAGCAUUAGCAGGCAGGAUGUUGUAGCCUUGUGUAAAACUUCUCUGUACGCAGUGAAGCUGAGUCUACGUCUUUCAAAGGAUUUGCCUGCAAAUGAUUUUGGCUCCUCGGGGCAUUAGCAGAUAAAGCAAAGCAUAGUUUUCAGUUUGAAUAUUAGCUUAUUCUAAUGUAUCUUUGAAGAUGAUUAGUUGUUUUUAACUCUGCCGCUCUCGCUCCUGCAGGCGGGAUUUGAUCCUCAUCCUCACAUGAGAGCUCCGGGCCUGCCAGCCAGCCUCACGUCCAUUUCUGGAGGAAAGCCGUGAGUGUCUGGAGUUUGACUUCAGCUACUUUUCUUCUUGUGAACAUUUAGUUUUUACUUAGUCACUCAGACUGACCGACUCUUCAUCCCCCUGUAGAGCAUAUUCUUUUCACGUGAGCGCGGACGGUCAGAUGCAGCCGGUGCCCUUCCCUCCGGAUGCGCUGAUUGGUCCAGGCAUCCCGCGCCACGCUCGCCAGAUCAACACACUGAGCCACGGGGAAGUAGUGUGCGCUGUCACUAUCAGCAACCCCACACGCCAUGUCUACACCGGCGGUAAGGGCUGUGUCAAGAUUUGGGACAUCAGCCAGCCAGGCAGCAAGAGCCCCGUGUCCCAACUGGACUGCUUGGUAACUAAUCUCUUAUUAAGGUCCUUAAAGUUAUGGCUUUGGAAUAUUGUGAAACGUUUGUGCACGAGUGUUUUUGUGUUGUUAAAGUGGAUGCUUGAAAGUGAGAACAAAGUGUCAAACCAGAGCGGAAGCAUAAUGUUCUUGUUUCAUAAGGUCUCUGCAAACUUCCUCCUUCAUUAAGAGUAUCUUGAGCAUCAAAUGUAGCCUGACUCCACAUCCCAUCGUGGCUUUUCCCCAGAUCCCAUCUGACAGGGAUGUGAAUAAUUCAGCAAAGUGUCUCUGCUGUGCUGAAAUAAUCCUUGGUGAGAAAAAAAAGCCUGCUGAGUAAUGAUGUUCUGAUUGGCCGACCCUGUCUGCCAUUACCCAGCUCAUUACUUCCUCCCAACUGCCUCCCAUUUCUCAUUUUGAUACUGCAGCUUCAUGCCGUUCAACUCAUAAAGCCUCCAGCACCCUUAAGGUGCGUCCUGAGUGCAGUUGGGUCUUAUAAAGCCAUCAGGGUGCUGUUUUAAUUUGACCGAGAGCUUGAGCAGUCCUAUUGAUCUCUUUCUUUCUGCUCUCCUGGAGCUCGGCCAACAGCUGCAUCUCCUCACACUCCCCGCUUCUCUUGUUAUAGCUGACACCCACAUCUUCACUGAAACACGGAGGAAAACUCAGCUUGAGUUCAGCAGAGACAGUUUUGAUGUUCUCUACAGAAUUAUAAUUGCGUUAGUUCUUGGCCUUGACUGUCCUUUACUCAGGUGUUUGUAAGGAUCGCAGAUAAACGAUGCCAAUAAUCAAGACCUCGACAUCGCUUGCUUCUGUUACAGAACAGAGACAAUUACAUCCGCUCGUGCAAACUGUUGCCUGACGGCCGCACCCUCAUCGUGGGUGGUGAAGCCAGCACACUGACCAUCUGGGACCUCGCCUCACAGACGCCUCGCAUUAAGGCUGAGCUCACUUCUUCUGCUCCGGCCUGCUACGCGCUGGCCAUCAGUCCAGAUGCCAAGGUCUGCUUCUCCUGCUGCUCAGACGGAAACAUAGCUGUGUGGGACCUCCAUAACCAAACCCUUGUCAGGUCAGUGCUGUGGCCCAGAGGGUCUGUUUUUUUUUUCCGAACGUACUGUUCACAUUUAAAGACAAUCUCCUUCUUUUGGUUUUGGACACCCUUAGGAUUUGAUGUUGUAAAUCUUCUGAAUUCAUGUCUUUGUUUGUUUGUUUUUUUGUGGUGUUGCAGGCAGUUCCAGGGACACACAGACGGCGCCAGCUGCAUCGACAUCUCUCACGACGGGACCAAACUGUGGACUGGAGGGCUGGACAACACGGUCCGCUCCUGGGAUCUGAGAGAGGGACGGCAGCUCCAGCAACACGACUUUACCUCACAGGUAGAAAGAAGCUCGCGCAAACACACACAUUACGUUCUUUUUUACUGCCAUUUGUUUCAAAUGUAAAAAACCUCACCCUUGUCGCAGAUCUUCUCACUGGGCUACUGUCCCACCGGAGAAUGGCUGGCCGUGGGCAUGGAGAGCAGCAACGUGGAGGUGCUGCACCACACCAAGCCUGACAAGUACCAGCUGCAUCUGCACGAGAGCUGCGUACUCUCACUAAAGUUCGCCUACUGUGGUGAGUAACAGGCUGAAAGCAUCUUCUUAAUCGUGUGAAAACCAGCUCUGAUUUCUGGGUAAAUGAACAUCGUAAUGCGGGGAUUGUUUUCUGGGAAAUUGAGGUUGAAGCCAAACAAAGGCAGAAUCUGUUUUCAUCCAUCACUUUUCACUCAUGGCCUGAAACUCAUUAUCGCCUGAGAUCUUCUUGGAGAGUCAUAUGAUUGUCUAGCUCGGUUAUUUGAUGAUUCCUGCCUUACUAAAUGAAGCCUCAGAGAUUUUGACAAGCUUUCUGGCGUUAACCACAUCCUCUAACUCUCUCCACAUGAGUGCAGGCUGUAAUAUCUGUGUUGUUCUGGACUAGCGCUCUGGCCGUGACCCCUUGAAACAGUUUUAAGCAAUCGGGUGUGUGAUGACGGUCUCAUCGCUGUAAAUCUGAGCGACAUUAUUUUGACUUCUUAAUCACAUCGAAAUGUCACGGCACGGCUUGCUCCCGACACUCUUGAAACAGCGCAUGGUAAAAGUGUGUAACUGUAUUAACAAUGAAGCCGUUAUUUGCUCGUUACAGACUCCAGUAAUUGCUUUUUCAGUUUAAAUCAUUGUGCCUGUCGGGCAGACCAGAUGGUUUCAAGUUUAAGGCUCUGACAAAUUAGGUUUUACUAUCCCCUCUUUUUUUUUAAACCAGAACAGUCGAUAUUCAUUUCCACUCACAAGACCCCCUCUGAGCACAACCUCAUAUCGCUGCUCCACAGAAUGGGUUCAUUCAAAUGAUUCUCACUGCUUCAGAGCUCUUGCUGUCACUAAUUAAAUCAUUAGCCAACUAGUCAGUGGGGUAAUUAAUCAGAGGCUGAUUAAAACAAUUAUCAGGGUGGACAUGGUGUGAGGCUCUUUCAUGAUGUGUAUUUUAUGACAGUGUCAUAGUUUUCCUCUCACUAAGGUUUUAUGGUCACUGAUAAGGCGUCAAGACAAACAACCGUGUGUUUGCAUAAGCACACACACACACUCUCCUUUGGCUGUUUUUUUUCUGAGUCUGUUCUGUGUUUGCAGGUAAAUGGUUUGUGAGCACAGGGAAGGACAACCUGCUGAAUGCAUGGAGGACUCCUUAUGGCGCCAGCAUAUUCCAGGUAACUACAGGAAACAUUAACUGACAGCAGGACGUAAAGAAGGAGAGAAAAUCACAGGUUUGAUUGAGGACAUGCAGGAAAAAGCUUCUGUCCUGUUAUGCAGAAUUUUCUGUAGAGUCGUUCAAAACGGGAGCGCAGUGGUUCCCUGGAUGAUCUGCUCUUUAGGUGCAGUCAGCAGCUUUUGCAGAGCUUUUAUCUACGUUUCAGCUUUUUGACAGUUUUAGGAGUGAGCUCGAUGUAAGGGGGAGGAAAGGGGAAAUUUAAGAUAUGACAUUUUUGAAACACAUUGAUCAGAAGAGCAAAUCUCACUGUUCUUAGACUGAGCAGGCUGUGUAAGUAUACAAAUGUCUAUUUCCUUGGUGGAUGAAACUGCAGCGUGAUAACCACAAAAACAGAUAACUUAGUGAGAUGAACGUCUUAAAGAGGAGGAUUUGAUGGUCUUUUUUUUUUUUUUUUGCUCCCACAGUCAAAGGAGUCAUCCUCCGUCUUGAGCUGUGACAUCUCAGCAGAUGACAAAUACAUCGUGACGGGAUCUGGGGACAAGAAGGCGACUGUCUACGAGGUCAUCUACUAAACAGACGAGGCUCCUGCUCUACUUCAGCACUUCUACUGAGAUAACUUUAUUUUCUGCUACCAAUGACCAACCGUCUGUGGACUACAACUCGCUAAGAUAAACCACAGAUCUGGCAGAGUCACCUGGCAGGGAUCGCUGGAGCUGUUGGCAUUCGGAUAACUGUGCUGGAGAGAUGUCUUUUUGUUCUUUUUUGAUUUUCGGAGGGUUUAUUUUUGGGUAACGUUUUUUGUGACUUCAGGAUUUUUUGCUGUUUUUCCUUCAGAUUUUUUUUGGUUUAACCAAAUGAAGCAGCGCUUCAGUUCGGAGACCUUUGUUCCACAGAUGUCUCGUGAAAAGUGUACAUAUCGGAUUAAAAUAAAGACAUUUUAUAUAUAUUAUGAGAAUAUAUAUAUUUUCAUGUCCUGGGUGUACUUGUGAUGAAUUUUUUUUGCCCACUUGGCCAUGACUUUUGGGUAGGCGAGCAGAGCAUAGAUUACGACUUUUUAACACGUUUGAAACCCCUUUUAAACCCGUUCUCCGAGCUGACUUGUUCAGAGAGAGGAGCAUGAAUCCUGUAAGUAGGAUGUUUUUGUGGAGAUUUUUUUAAUGGCCUUCCGUCACAGUGCUCUUACUGACAAUGAAAAUAUGGAGUCCCUUAACUCUGGCAGAGCCUCAGCUGGUUUGGACCACUUCAUUACCGAGCAGGACUGUACGAUCCAGGAGAGGAGGUGGAUGUAAAUUUACUUCAUAUGAAUAUAUAUAAAGACCUUUUUAAAGUGUACAUCUCUGUCUGUGCUAUCUUUCUCUCUGUUUGUUUUACCUUGUUAGAUUACAGGAGAUAGGGGACGUUUAAUCUUUAGCCUAACCCUUGGACCUCACUUGGCAGCAGAAGCCCUGCUGCAGGCACAAACUGGAUGAUAAUGUGCUUUUUGCUAACUUGACGUAAUAUGUAUGAAUUGCACCAUCGACUUCUUGGCUACAGACUCAACUCAAACAGUCCAAUCUGCGCAGUUGGACUCUUUCUGCUCAUUGUAUCUUAUCAAUAUUCCUGGAACAUGUUUGGUCAGCUGUGAUGGGAAGGCAGAGAGACGUGUAAACGCUCAUGUGGAGAUUAAAACAAAUGAGUAUAUCGAGUUUCUCUCAUGUUGACAUUGAGGCAGCGGUGACUAAUUCUGGUUUGUACACUGUGCUCCUGAUUCUGUCAGCAUUUCCCAAAACAGAUCCUAAAAGGGGUAAAGUUUGUCUGUCCCUGGAAUCACACCAAAGUAUGUAGCAAAUGCUGUCAGCACUGAAAAGAAAUGUACAGUUGUUAAUAAAUCAAUAAAACUGUUUUUGUAGAAUGGCCCUUUUCCUUGUGAUUGUAAGACUGAUGUUUCACAAAGUGUUAGCAAAAAUCUUUAACACCUGUGUUCAUCUGAAAGCUUAUAUGUGAGGUGGAAAGCUUUUACAGUAAAUGACUUAGAGGAGGAUUUUCACCCGACAUCUACAGGAGGUUUUUUUUUCUGUUAAUUUCUUAAGAUUGAGUUUGACUCUGCUCUCACGUCUAAAUGCUUAAUGAGAUACAAUCUCGAGAAAUGGUAGCCCGAACAAAAACUGUUCACUUGGCUGUCACACAGUCUGCUCCAAAGCUCACUAAUUAACAGCUGACUGCUGACCAAGAAAAAGUCUGGCCUGUAACACCGUCUCAUUUCUCUCAAGCACACACACACACAGAGGAGGUUUAUAUACAAGAGCUAAAUAUUUAUUCAUAGCAAAUUUGAUUUUGAUCAAAGUUUUUCUUACUCUUUCAUACAUCAAACUCUCCUCUGUUUCUAACAGAAGUUGGACUGUAAGCUCAAAUUUAAUGAUUGCUCAAGACUUCAGCAGCCUGCGUUUGCAUGAAUGGUGCAUUUUGGCUCACCUCUUCAUGGGUCAUGAACUUUCCUUGACUAGAUGUUUGUCAACAAAGUCUUUUACACUCGAUUCAAACUGAGCCAAAAAAGGUAAAGAUGCACAAACUAAAAGAAACUAUAAUCUGCAGAGUAAAAUCUGUGUUACAAACAGAAGCCAUUUUAAAAUACAACACUGCUCCAACAUGACAGACUCCUGAAAUGGUUUUCUCAGGGAUCAGUGGCAGAGCCAAGAGAUUUAAAAUGCGGUGGCCAAACUGGGGCGCUGACUUAGACAGUGGUCACUUGUGGUAUACAUCCCUAGUUUCUAUAAAAGCUCUAUUACUCGCAGCCUGUUGAAACACAGUUGUUGUUGUUUUUUGUGUUGUUUUACAAAGGUCCUGCCGUUUAUACUUUGGGUCUUCAGGGUGCCCAUUUGGGUCCCUCCGUCAGCAUCCCUCCUACCUGUAAAUCUAGGUGUAAUUUCCUAUCUCCUGUCAAAUGAUCUGUAUUUAAAGUAAAACAAAUAAUAAAAUGCAAAAGAGGAUUAGGGCCACAUGAAGAGAAAAAAAGUGUAAUUCUUUCAUUUCUGUAACUUUUGUAAACUCGAAUUUUCAACAUUAAAGAUGAAAUUUUAAGAUUACAAAAGUCAAAAUUAUGUCAAAGUCGAAAUUUCGUGAUUAAAAAAUGAAAUUUCAAGAUUAACUUUGAAAUUUUCGACGUAACAAAAUGUUGAAAUUUCAAGAUUAAAAAACUUGAAAUGUUGGUGUUAAAGUCAAAAUUUCAACUUUAUUCACAUAAUUUUGACUUUUGUAAUGUCAGAAUUUUGGCAUAAAAGCAGAAAUUUUGUGAUUACAAAAUCAUGUCAAAGUUGAAAUUUCGAGAUAAAAAAAUGAAAUUUGGAGAUUAAAGUGGAAAUUAUGUCAUAACCAAAUGUCGAAAUUUCAAGAUUAAAAUAAUUUAAAUGAUGAGAUUAAAGUCAAAAUUUCGACUUUAUUCACGAAAUUUCAAUUUUUUUAAUCUUGAAAUUUUGUUUUUAAUGUCAAAAUUUUGGAUUUUUUAAAAAUUUCGACUUUUUUAAAAUUUCGACUUUAAUCUAGAAAUGGAAUUUAAAAAAAUCUUCCACCUGUAAUUAUUUUUUCCUCUUUGUUGUGGCCCUAAUCCUCCUUCAUAUGUUUGUAUGUUACUGCACUAUUUAAACUGAAAAGAUUAUUUACUUCCUCAUGAGAGGAGCCCAAACCUGCCCCAGGGGUCAUGUGAUCAUCAUCAUGCAGGUGAUAGUUCACCUGCUCUUGAACAGUCUCUCUAUUGAGCUAACAGUGUCAAUAUUUCCUCAAAUUCAGGUUCAAUCAGUGACCUAGUUUAGCUCUGGAUCAACCACAUAAAUAAAUUCCAAAACAUGGAGAAAAUGCUUAAAAAAGAUUAAAAAACACACAACAGGAAGCAAAUGCCAGUGCCAGCAGAGAAAUCAAGUAGUUAGAGCAGGUGUAAUUUUGGUAAUAGAACAGUUAAAGUGGUGGUUGUGACACACUGAGAUGAAAGCAGCCAAGUGUGAGAGAGAGACGAGAUCUAAAAGGUGUGAGAGUGAGACAGAGACGCUUGUUGUGAGUUAAUGGCUUUGUUUCCAGACGGGAUGGUUUGUGGUUUCGGGCCUGCUGACAGGAGCGAGGGUGGGAGGGAUGAGACACUCAGCUCAGGAUCUGUGUGGCCUGCCAAACCACACACACACACACACACACACACACACACACCCUCAAACAAAAAACACAAACAUACAAAGACUUAGAGAGUGACUUCUCUGUUUCCUCAUUUGAAUCGCAGCACCAACAGAGACACAUUCAGUCACACUCGCAUUUCACACACUCCCACACACACCUGAGAUUCACAUGAACCACUUUGGGAUUUUGUUUAUUUGUGCUGGUAUCAGAGAUGAGUCUCACGACCAGCAUGUGGUUAUGAAAUCACGACUUUUGACUUUUUCUGUUGUGUAGUUUGUCACGCACAGGCUUCCAUUGCAUUACUCAUGAUGUACACUAUUAAUGUCAGCGUCUUUGAAUCCUGUUUCAUGACUCAUCGCCCUGAACGGUUGCCAUGUCUCUUCCUUCUCUCCUCUCUUUCUUCCUCUCCCACGUCCUUUUCCCACUCUCUUGUUCUGCUCCCACCACAGGUGGCGAGUGCAUUCAUUUUCACUUUUGUGGGGGUGCUGGCUGCAAGGCUGUGAUUUCUGACUGUGUAUGUGAGAGAAAGUGAGAGAGAAAGAGAGACAGAGAGAGAGAGAGAAGGAGGGGGGGAUUUGGUGCUUAGGGAUGCAAUAUGGGGUGAUUUCUUUGCCAUGUAUUUCAGCUAACUGUGUGGGCUGAAAUCUUUGUACAUAUGGCUGAGCUGUGCAUGCAGACACGCUCAGAUCUUUCCUCAAAUACCUGAACACAGAUCUUUGGAAGCUGGAGUGUAAAAUCGGUAGCGCUACAAAUGACCUUUCUAUAUAUUACCCAAUGGUUUCACCGCGUAUACGUAACAGCAAAUGCAAUAACUGUGUGGAUUAUGUGCUCCAGGGACGUUUAAGCCUCGCCACCUUUUCAGAUUGCAAACAAUCAUAUGACACAGGUCAUGAUGGGACAUGAGGAAAGGUUUGUGUAUCAUUUGCGGUCUACUUUUGGAAACUAAAACACGUCAGUUGAGGAUAAAAAGUCGAAGUUUUAGUAGAACAUUGAGAAAUAGUCCAACCUGAAAAAGUAAACAGGUCCUAUCUUGCUCUGAAGUUGACUUUUUAAUAUUUAACCAGGACAAAAGAUGAUUUCCUAACAUGAACCAAGUGCUUUGACCUAACCUGACCAUGAAUCUAUGACGUUUUUUUUACUGCUACAAAACAAAAGUGUCUGUUAUUCUUCUUUAUAAAAAGGUAUUUAUUAGUUUGAUGAUAAAAAAAUACAAUCAGAGCAGAAUUUGGUUUCCCAAAGAUUGACACUAAAACAUGGAGUACAAAAUGUACUUUCAAUAUAUUUACUUUUGGUUAUCUAGAACGUGAGCUGCUUUCCAAACACUGGUGCCUCCAAAUAUACCUAAAAUAAAAAGAAAAGAUUGCAUGCAACUGCUCAUGCCUGAUCUUUGGGGUGAAACUUGUACAGAUGAGAGACUUGAAUCCACAGAUAUACUACAACAGAGCAGAAAGUUACAGGAACUUUGAGUCUACAUCUUGAUAGUGAAGUGUUGGAGCAUAUUUUCAAAAGUGUUCGCCUGAAAAGGUAACAGCCUAAAGAUAAAAAUCUCAACUGUCUGUUUGCUCAUGUGAUGUUGACAUAAGAGAAAACCAGUCCCGCAGUGGUUUUACAAGCUAAUCGGAAUCAACAUGAAAAGACGCCACAGUAAAGGUCAGGAUGUGUCUUCAUGUUUUGGAUUUGGUUGUUAUCUAGAUUCAGAUGUUCUGCUAAUAUCAAUAUAAAGGUGCAUAAAAAUAACAAACAAAAACAGGUCAAUAGUUCAUCCGGUAUAACUAAAUCUUUUUCCUGUCCGUCUGUGCUAAAAGCCGACAGAGUUUCUCAGCUUUCUAAAGUCUCUGCUUGUAAUAACCUGAUGCAAUGUGUUUUUGUUUUACUUGACAGAGGGGAAAGAGAACCAGGAAAGAAACCUCGACAUCUCUGCCCUCCAUUUUUCUCCUCCUUCCAUUUCAACAGAGAGGCUAAGGUUUUGCUCUGGUUUAUCUGACAGCCCUCUGUUUUCGCCUCUCCUUCAGCGGGGAUGGAGAGCAAAAUGAUCAGUCUUUUCUCUCUUCAUCUUUUUUUCACACUCACCCGGCCUUUUAUGGUUUUAUACUCCACUUCCAACAACUACUUUCUUUCCACAUCUUUCUGUUUUGUGUGUUUCCCUUUUUCAGGAUCCGCUCCUAUAAGCUCAUCGACUGGGCUGUACCGAGCAGCCUGAAGAAAAACUCAGAGGAGUGUUUCUUUUUUUUUCUUUUUUAAGAGAGGAGCAGAUAAAAAGCGAGAAGCUCUUUCCUUUCUCCAUCACUCACUGGAUAACCAAGUGCUUGUGGAGAUUAAAGGGAGCUUGUGUGGAGGUAGAAAGCGCGAGUGCUUCAGCUCCCAGAGGUCAUUUGGGUUCCUUUGAUAACGUUCAGGCCUCGCUCCAUCUUCUGACCCGUCCUUAAGAUGAGAAGCUUUCAUCAGUCUCUGCUGGACACGAGAGCCCACUCAGGAUCAGGGGCUCAAAUUAGAGGACGGCUUUGUGUGUGUGUCUGUGUGUGUGUGUGAGUGUGAGUGUGAGUGUGUGUAUUGAGUUUUUAUGUUAUGUAUAAUUCAAUGCUUUUACUGCUAUAAAAGCCUUUCCUUUGGUCUUUGAUCACACAGCCUGGUGAGAACAAUGCUUAAACUGGAUUUGAUUCAUUAUUUGUCAGGGUGGAGGCCUCCUGUGGAAAGCUAACAGCUCCCUGACUGUCCACUGAAUGUGAAGUACAGCAGUGUUGACUCUAUUUUCACAAGAGGUGUUCCGAAAAAGAGACUUCUCACAGAAUUACCAGAUUACACAGAUCUGCUCUAAACACUACCUGCUGGAUGUCUGCUUACGUUACAUUAUCGGUUACAUUCGACUUUCUCUCCAUACGUCAUCUUGAUGGACAGAGUCGUAAAAGUUACCCCUGAUUUUAAAUCAACUUUUCUGCAGAUACUGAUUGACCAGAUUUCAUGGUACUACAAAACCCUGACAGACGAUACAAAAUCAAAGAGCGUCAUGCCUCUGAUGGAGCUCUAGACGGAAUCUGUUACUAAAUCUUGACCUUCAAAAACACCCCUCAGUUUGUUGAUUUGAUCUCACCUUAAGUUAUAUUUUACAACAGAGUAUAAUGACCACAUUAAGAUAAAAAAAAAUUAAGACUAACAGAUUAAUUUAGGAGAAUAAAGUCAAUAAUAGCAAGAAUAAAGUCUAUUAAAACCGAUACUAAUGAGAAUAAAGUCAUAAUUUAAUAAUUACUUACGAGAAUAAAGUCAAUACUAAUGAGAAUAAAGUCGUAAGCAAAUCAUGAUUACGAAAAAUCAAGUUGUAAUAAAAUCAUUACUAAUGAGAAAAAAUCCUAAUAAAGUAAUAACCUAUGAGAAUAAAGUCAUAAUAAAGUAAUUACUUAGGAGAAUAAAGUUGUAAUAAAGUAAUUUCUUGCAAGAAAAAAGUCGUAAUAAAAUUAUAUCUUACAACAAUGAAGUCUUAGUAAAAUCAUUACUUAGGAGAAAAAAGUCUUAAAGUAAUUUUUUUAACAAGAACAAAGUCAUAAAGUUCUUUCUUAUGAAAAUCAAGUUGAAAUAAAAUCGUUACUUAAGUCGUAAUAAAAUCAUUACUUACGAAAAUAAAGUUGUAAUUAAAGCAUUUCUUAUGAAAUUAAAGUCAUGAUAAAGUAAUUAAUUAUGACAAUAAAGUCGUAAUAAAACCAUUACUAAUGAGAAUAAGGUCACAAUAAAAUCAUUACUAACGAGAAUAACGUCAUUACUAAUGAGAAUAUAGUCGUAGGAAAAUCAUUAUUACAAAAAUCAAGUUGUAAUAAAAUCAUUACUAACGAGAAUAAGUCUUAAUAAAGUAAUAACCUAUGAGAAUAAAGUCGUAAUAAAGUAAUUACUUACGUGAAUAAAGUCGUAAUUAAGUAAUUACUUACAAGAAUGAAGUUGUUCUAAAGUAACAACUUGCAAGAAAAAGACGUGAUAAAACUAGUUCUUGUGAGAAUAAAGUCAAAGUAAAUCAUUACUUUCGAGAGUAAAGUCAUAGUAAUGAAGUCAUUUUUAAAUAGUCAUAAAAAAGUUAUUUCUUAUGAGAAUUAAGUUGUAAUAAAAUCGUUAUGUACGAGAAUAAAGUCGUAAUAAAAUCAUUACUUAUGAGAAAAAAGUCGUAAUAAAGUAAUUACUUAUUUGAAUAAAGUCAUAAAGUGAUUACUUACAAGAAUAGUCGUAAAAAAGUGAUUACUUGCGAGAAAAAAGUCGAAAUAAAAUUUUUACUUGCAAGAAAAAAGUCUGAAUAAAGUAAUUUUUCAACAAAAAAAAAGUCAUAAAGUUAUUUCUUAUGAGAAUCAAGUUGUAAUCAAAUCUUUACUAAUAAGAAUUAAGUAGUAAUAUGGUCAUUACUCACGGUAAUAAAAGCAAUCAACUAAUUAUAUGUGAGAAUAAAAUCGUUAUAAAGUAAUUACUUGCGAGAGUGAAGUCAGAAUAAAGUCCUUUUAUUCUAACCUGUUGUUUGAGAUGACAGUUGUUGAAAUGAGAGCCAAGGCGCAUUUAGUGAAAAUGUACUUCAAUACAGGUUUCUUAAGCAAGGAUCUUUUGGCACAUCACAAGUAUCAUAAUGAUUUUACUACGACUUUAUUUUUGUAAGUAAUCACUUUAUUAUGACUUUAUUCUCGUAUUAAAUGAUUUAAUUAUGACUUAAUUCUCGUUAGUAAUAAUUUUAUUCUCGUAAAUUAACAACUUUAAUCUUGAAGUCUAAAGUUUUCUUUCUCUUAAUUUGGCCCUAAUACUCCGUCGUAAUAUUUCACUGUUUCAGUGUUUAAAGUUUGAUAAUUAUCUGUCAAAUCUUUUGCUCGAUUUUUGCAGUUGUCUUUUGGUGAUUUUUCAGCAUUUCCCAAAGGGCAAGAAUAUCAGCAAUAAGAUGCAUAAUGUAAACAAACAAACAAACCCUGACUGCAGAAUCGAUCGACUGCUCCAUCACCCACACUGAAGCUGAGGGGGUGGAAACAACCAAGAAGACAAACAUGCUUUAUCCUUUGUUAUUUAUGACAGAGAAAUGCUCAUAAUGUUGCUUUGCUGUUUGCUGUGAGAAGGAUAUUUGAUCUUUAAGUCAAAUUGGAUCAUUUCUGGAUAAGAGAAAUGAGGCGUAAGAGGUGAGAGGAUAAGUAUUGACCCGAUCAUGCAGUCGUGGAAGAAAAUCUGCUCUGUAAUGGACGGUGAUCGACAGAGGAACAUCAGUUCACAGACGCAGAGACAGCAGAGAGCUGAGUUUCUUCUCACGAGAAGUGAAAAAGAGAAAGUGUAAAACGUUCCUCACAUCCUGAAAUCGUUUUAACUGCCAAGGUGAACAGGAGGGUUAACAGGCUCAGCAAAGCAAAUAAUUGGUACAAAUAAGUAAUUAGCCCAGUGCAAGGGCUAGGAUAAAAUGUGAAGGAGCACUAAUUGAACAUGAUUAUAAGCUUCCUUCCCUUCUCCUCCAUCAGUGUGUGAGCUGUAACCAGGACGUUCUUAUAGAUAAUUAGGAUCAGAGGGCAAAACUGCCACUUAGAGGAGAUUGAGAGGAAAACUCUUCACUAAAAAAGAGUUAACAGAAAACACAGAGGAAUAGUUGUUAUUAUCACUCUCAUUACAGUUUAAACUAUCAUCAUUGAGGAGCAGAUGACUGCCACGC